AUGAAUGAGCUCAGGCCCGUUAGACCCGCCUACCAUAAAUGGCUGACCAAUCCCAGGGAAGAGGAAGCGGUGAACGACGAGCGAUUGGACAACCUGCGGAUAAACAAGUAAUGACUGACUUGUUUCCAGGGUGACGUCGACCAAUAGCAGCAGUUUCAUUAUCAUUGGUAGGCGGGCUGUGGGCUCAGAUUCAUUGAGAAAGACGGAUUGUGUGGCGUGCCGUUUGCUUUCCCUUUUUUGUCCCGUUUAUGGAUGGAGCCAGAGUUCCAUUAAUGCGUCAUAUCGAACGUUCGGCUGCUCAGGGCUCUCGCUGUGCAUCCAUGGAGCGUUCCGCCUGAAUGACAUAAUCUCACAUUGCAACAAGGUAAGUAGGCAAUAGCUAUAGGUGGUUUCAGCGGCCUUUAACGCCUAAGUGCUUAUGGAAUCUCGUGUGGUCUCCAGGGUCUUAUCUAUGGAUCAGGUGUGCGAGGCCUCGCCUACACUCUGUUCUUGCCUUGUGGAUGUAUUUACAUUAUUUGGUAAGAAUUACCUCCUCUGUUGAUAAUGCCAAAAAUUUUUUAAAAAGUGUUCAGUAUUCCGAAGUGUUAAUGGAUAAACGAAAUUCCUGCAGGAAAAAAAAGUUAAUCUUGCAGAGAUUUCACAUAUCACACCUUUCCUGCUGCAACUAGAGUUGGCUUUACUAGUCCCCUCCCCCAUCCCGCCUACUUGAUUAGUGUAAAAAGGAGAAAUAUUCCUGUUUAAAACCAAUACAUAUGUAACGUUUUAUGGUAUGCACAAAGAUUUGUAGUCUUAUGCAAAUAUUUUAUAAUUUUGUAGUUACUAAGGUUUUAGCAGGACAUGUAAUAUUCGUUAUAGUGACACAUUUUGCAUAUCUAUGUAGCUAAUAUAUAAUGGUAAGUGGGAAGUCUAAGAUGUAGUGUUUGAUAUGGCCUUAUUAAUAGAAGAAAACAAAUAUAGAUGUGAUACAACAUCUUAAGUUUUCUGCUUAUUCAUUAUAAUCCUAUAUAUCUGCAUCUAAUGUAUAAACACUUUUGGGCUAAAGAAUCCAUUUCUUAAUUAACCUGCAUACACACUUGAAUUCCGAGGGUUCUCCGUUUACUGGAAAGGACGCUAUGAUUUUCAAAGGAAUUUUAUUGUCUGAUUAUUCAAAUUUAUUGGAAUAACUGUUACUACUUUUAGAGAUAAUUCAUCAUGGCUUCCACAGAGAGAAACUAGUUUCAUUUGCAUUUGUGCAAAUCUGCUGUAAUGCUUGACAUGACAUUUUGUACAUGUUACUGCCAAGAGGCAAGUUCUGUGGAUAUCCCACACUAAAUUAAAGCAGUGAUUAAUCGACAGUCUAUUCCUCAAUGGUUUAUUUUGCUCAAAUACAUUUUCUUUCGUGUUUGUGAGCUAGGCAAUUACUGCUCUUACAGGCAGCUUCUUGGAUAAUUUAAAAAGGCCCAAUUUGCUCCUAUAUUGAUACUUUUUUGACUUAAAUAUUAUGGUCGUUGAGUGUAAAAUGGAUGUCUUGCACUUGAUAGGCCAUGCUAAUUUACAGAAGUCGUGUGUUUUUUUUGUUUUGUUUUUUUUUGUUUUUUUUAAUGUAAUUGCUGCGGCUUCGAAAAUCCUCAUCCUUGGGCCACAUUUUUGCUGGCAUUGCAUAUUAUGUCAUCAUUUUCUUGACUUGAUAUCUUAAAAACAAGAACAAAGCAGAAGUGGGUGUAUUCCCUUUUGGGUUUUGCUUCAAAUUAAAUGUUGAUGUUGGCUUUGACAAAUGUUUUAUGGCUAUUUGAGAUAAAUUUAAGUUUUUAUCUAACUGGGCACCAACCUAUUCUGCAGUGCUCUACUGGCUUGUAUUAGUGUUUUUUAACUUGUACAAAGACAACUGUUGUCUUUUUAUUAGAUCUAUCAAAAUUUACAGUUUAGAUUAGCUUUUUUUUAAAAAUAUAUGAACACAAUUUUUUUGUGUGUGCUAGCAAUGCACUUUGCUUCUGUGCUAUAUUGCCAGUGUUUCUUGUUAUUUCUAGCUCUAUCUUCCCAAUAACAAGAUAUAUUAUAUAUUAUAUUAUUUAUUUAUAUAUCAUUAUUUAUUUAUAUAUAUAUAUUAUUCACACACUUUUUAUUUUUUUUGUGUGUGUGAAAUUGCUUUCCUGCUCAACAUCACACUAUGGCCUUGUAGUGCAGCUAGUGGCUAAUCUGGCUGAGCAUAAUGGGAAAUUCAGUUCACAAACCUCAUGUGUUAAAGUUAAACCAAAAUUAAUCCUACAACCACAGGGAUGAUUUACUAGCUAUAUGUAUUUGAAGCAAAAAAACAACUAAACCUCUUGUUAGGUUAGGUGGUGCAUAUUCAGACUAUUGUUUUUAAUAUAAGUGUUCUUCUUAACUUGCCUAUCUGUAUAGGUUUGUUCAUGUAGGGAGUAUACUGUAAUUGUAUCUCUUGCAAUCAAUGUUCUCAGACAAAGCUAAUUUUAAAAGCCCUUGUAUAAUCUGAGUAGACUGAUGCCAAAUACGGGAAGCAUUACAUAUUAUGUACGUGACCAAACCUGGGUCUGAAUUGUCAGGAGUGUAUAUGGAUCUUUCCAACUGGCUUGGAGUGAUAUCUGCCUCAUGGAAGGCCAUUUAAUGUGAGAAUUUUGGGAGUUGUGGUAAUGAGCCACCUCCCCUUCGUAUUUUAUUAUUUGCCAAGUGUCGCCAAAUUCUGUAGCGUGUACAAGGAUUUGCAACAAGAAGAGUUGGACACACAGAAACUGAGGGUGUUGAGGGCCCUGCUCAAACAAGCUUAGAUUCUAAGAGGGAGUGGGGGUAUAUUGGCACAAGAUGUAAAGGCAGGAUGUAUUUUAUGUAUGUUGGGCAAAAGUAGGCUACCAGAAUAGUUUACAAUUAAGGGUUAGUGUUUUGGAGAGUUGCAGGAGAGAGGAUGUGGGGAGGGAAAUAUAUUUACAUGUCAAUUGAUAUUCUUUCCUAAAUCUUUUUUUUUUUUUUUUUAAUGAUCUUUUGAAGGAUCUGAGACUGUGUGUAAGAUUUUAAUGGAGCAAGGAAGGGAGUUCCAUAAGAAUGGCACAGCCCUAGAGCAGUUUUGAAGGGGGGCAUCAGAGGUGCGAGCACGAACAGAGAAUAGAUGCAUCUCUAGGAAAAACAAUCACUCACUCUAAAGAUAUGCUCCAUACCCAUUUAAAAUUAGUAAUAUAUUCUGUUGUUGGACAUGACCACUACUGGAUUUAUUAUCUUAACUGGGAAUUCUAGAUAAUUUUGAAACUGGAUUCAAGUUUAUAUUGGCAGAGCUAAAGAAACUUGUUUAAUGUGGCUACUGUGGUCUAAUAUCUGCAAUUCUGUUUUCACCAUUGACGGUUUAAAUAUUACACUGUAUGUGGUUGCAUGGUGUUGCAUCAUUUUGGGACUAAUCUGCGUUAAGAGCAAUCUGUUUUUGAUAUUUGAUAAUUCAAUGAUUUUAAAUGUGAAUAAAAUGUAAUAUGGGGAAGCCCUGUUAGAUUUGCUUUCUAGUUAACAGAAAAAAAACACAACUUGAUCUCAUUAAUUUACACAGUUACUUAAGUAGAACUUAGACAAGGAGAUCGAUAAAUGGAGACUGAUGAUUGGAUAUGUUCUUUUUCUUGCUUACCACAAUCUAGUUAAAUUGUAUUUUCAUCUUUUUCUUUGUUUGUUUGAAAUGUGGAAAACCAGACUCUGCCAAUUUGUAAAGAAAUCCAAAUUUGAAAAGGCUUCCCACCCCACCUAAUCACUUUUACUAUUUAGGCCAAACUCAAAGUUCAGUAGGAUAAUAAAACCUUUUCAGUUGUUUGCCUUUAAUCUUAUGGAAAGCCUUUUCCCACUUUGAACAGGUAUUUCAUGUAAAGUUUUUUGUUGGUUUUAUUUAUCAAUGAGUUUAUCACGCAUAUCAAGGAAUCCCUUAACUGUGAUCUGAAUACUCAGAUUAGGCAGGUUUAUGCUUUAGAAUGGUGUCUUUGGUUGUAAAAACCGUUAACAUUUAGGUUGGUGAUCAAAGGGGUCAGUGAAGUUGAGGAGGGGGGACAUCAGUGAGAUUGACCUUCAUUCUGUUUUUUUUUUUUUUUUUCUUAUUUAUAACAUCUGAGCAUUGUUCACAAAGGUGUAUCUGCUGCUUGCUUUCUAUAUAUAAUAUAUAUUUAUAUUUUUAUAUAUAUCCUUUCAGAGUAAAUAAUUUAAUUAUACAGUAAGCAUAGUCGCAUGCAGGUACAAACAAUCUCACUGACAUACACAGCCUCAUAAAUAAUCUCACUGAUAUACAUAAGCUCAUUGACAUAACACAAGCUCACAGAUGCGCACACACAUAGGGUCACUGACACACAAUCUCGCUGGCACACACAGACAAGCUUAUUGGUAUACACACAAACGUAGUACAGACAAACUCUGACACGCACAAGCUUACUACAGACACGCUCACUUUCUCUCACACACACUCACAUACACACACACACACUACAGACAAGCCCACUGUCACACAAAUGCUCACUAAAGAAAAGCUAAUUGACGUACACAUUUUCCCUACAGAAAAGCUUACUGACAUACCCACAAGCUCACUAGCAGGCACACACCCACAAUCACUGUCAUGGCUGAAGCUUACCUGUUAUUGGUAGGUGAAAUUACCGUUUUGUGGCCUCUUCCUUUCAGAAAGGUCAGCAAAGUGUGUGGGGGCGGGGCUUCCAUCCAGAAGGCUGGGCUUGUAUGAGGGGGUAUAUGGCCGACAUUGAGGUAAAUCAUGCAGGAACACGGACAGGCCCCCCCUGCCGCCAGCAGCCUAACUGCAGCACAGUCCGAGGGGAAAAUACUUAAAUUACAGGAGCCUGAUGAUCAGGGCUCUCUAUCCCAGUGAGCCAGUCCAGCCUUGCCUUUAACCCUGCAACUUUUAGAGAAAUUACAAUGUUUUCAUUGCGUGAACUCAAGGAAAUCUGUCUAGAUGAAAAUGCUUGUUCUUUGGUAGAACAUUGGCUUAAAAACAGAGUAUAAAUAGUUGUCAUAAAUGGUAAAUUUUCAAGCUAGACAGAGGUGGCAAGUGGUGUCCCUCAGGGGUCUGUUCUGGGACACCUUCUAUUUAACAUGUUUAUAAAUGAUCUUGAAGACCGCAUUGAAAGUCAUGUUUCAGUGUUUGCAGAUGACACAAAACUCUGCAAAAUUAAUACAAUGUGAGCAAGAUAUUACUUUGCUGCAGAGGGAUUUAGAUAGACUGGGGGACUGGGCACUCAAAUGGCAGAUGAAAUUUAAUGUUGAAAAAUGCAAAGUUAUGCACUUCGACGUAAAGAAUACACAAGCAACAUAUAGCCUUAAUGGAAGCGAAUUAGGGAUAACAACACACAAAAAGGACUUGGGAAUUGUUAUAGACAACAAACUAUGCAACAAUGUGCAAUGUCAGUCAGCAGUGGCUAAGGCCAGUAAGGUAUUCUCAUGCAUGAAAAAGGGCAUUCAUUCUCGGGACGAGAAUAUCAUUUUGCCUCUUUAUAAAUCACUGGUAAGACCCCAUAUUGAAUAUGCUGUGCAAUUUUUGGGCACCUGUUCUAAAGAAGGAUAUUAUGGCACUAGAAAAAGUGCAGAGGUGGGCUACAAAAUUAAUAAAAGGAAUGGAACACAUCAGCUAUGAAGAAAGGCUAACAAAUUUAAACCUAUUUAGUUUAGAAAAACGUUGCCUGAGAUGGGAUAUGAUAACAUUUAUACAAAUAUAUUCAGGGCCAAUACAAACCAUUGUAUGGAAAUCUAUUCACAAACCGGCCUUUAAAUAGGACAUGAGGUCAUGUGUUUAGACUGGAAGAAAGAAGAUUUUGUCUAAGGCAAAGGAAAGGCUUUUUUACUGUAAGAUGUGGAAUUCUCUGCCUGAAGAAGUGGUUUUAUCAGAGUCCAUACAGAUGUUCAAACAGCUACUAGAUGAAUACUUGCAAAAACAGAAUAUUCAAGGAUAUAAUCUUUCAAUGUAGGGUAAUAACUGCUUGAUCCAAGGAUAACUCUGACUGCCAUUCUUGGGUCAAGAAGGAAUUUAUUUUCCUAGCUUGUUGCAAAAUUGUUCUUCAAAUGUUUUUUUUUUUGCCUUCUUUUGGAUCAACAGCAAAAAACAAAUGUGAGGAAGGCUGAACUUGAUGGACGCAAGUCUCUUUUCAUGUAACUAUGAUUAAGGCUGCCUCUAUUUGCGGAGUACCAGACAACUGCUUCCUGCUCUUUCAUGACUUUUUUUUUUUUAAUGCUGGACGUCAUCACGCAUUGCAUUGAUACAAUGCUUAAAUAUAGGGAAGGCCUAAUAAUUGCUAACCGCAUUUACACAUGUGUACAAGAGGUUCCCUCUUGUAAUGAUGUUGGAGGAGGCGGGGACUGAGUCAGCGCUGAGGAACCUUGUAAAGGGGUUUUUAAACGCUUUGACUGGGGAGGCAGAAGGACUUUAUAGCUAUUAUUUUAAUAUAAUAUAACAUUGUUAUCCCCUCUUUGUUUUGGGGGUUUGUUAAACUGGGAAUCUGCAGUUUAAACACUGUGCAAAUUUGAGGAAUGUUAAGAAAAUGGAUAUAGUUUUUGACUGUACUAGUAUCCUACAAAUCCGUAUACAAGUAUGGUGAAAUGACGACCAUAUUGGCUAUCUCUGGGUCUAGAGCUUUGAAGGGAAGAAACAGCGUCUUGAAAUAGUCUUCAAAUCCAUCUGAGGCAAGGCAUUAGACGCUACUUGCCAAGCGGUAUUUACAUUCAUCUUAAUAUUCUGAUGCCAUUCCUUUUUUAUAGACUCUGCUUACCAGUAAGUAACCAUAUUAUCUAUUUUGAUGAAUCUCUGUACUUUGCAGUGUACCUACCUGUUCCUUAUCAACAUUUACUUUCACAUUCUUCAUGGUAAAGCAUAUUUGAAGUUUUAUUUUUACAUCAUGUGAACAUCUACCUUUUGAUCACCCCUGGUAUGCUGGAUAAAGGCAUAUAGACCUAUAUCUGCUUACGGCCUGGUUACAUUGCCAACAUAUGUUACUGGAUAAUGGAGACUUAUUGUGUCAUUAAUAAAUGGUGCCCUUCCAUUCAGAGCGUUUGUAGUUAUCGGACAUCUCUUAAUAUAGACAUAUAAUAUAGUGUGGCUUAUUCAUUGAACACAUGAUAGUUGUGAUUACAGUUUUGUUAAAGAGUGAAAUAUACUGCUAUGGAGCCAAGAAUGAAUUUUUGUGUAUAUAUCUCUUGCUUUUAAACUUAAUUUCCCGAAUUGCUUGCAUCUAACCACUUAUUCAGAAGUAUUUUGUAUGGCAAUGUCAUGAAAAUCCAGUUGUGUGUUUUGGUUUUUGUUUUUUUGUCAAAAAUAAAUCUGUAAAUAAUACUUUCUAAAUGUUUGUGAAUUCCUAGCAGCUUAUGUAAAAUGUUUUUCCCUCCAUCAUAGACUUUUUUUUAUUUAUUUAUUUAUUUUAAUUUAUUUUUUAGCAGAUUACAGAAGACUAUUUUCGUCACCUGGCAUUUGUGUGUGUGUGUGUGUGUGUGUGUGUGUGUGUGUGUGUGUGUGUGUGUGUGUGUAUAUGUAUGUAUGUAUAUAUAUAUAUAUAUAUAUAUAUAUAUCUCUAUCUUGUGACUUUUAUGAAAGGUUGCUUUAUUUUAUGUUUAGUUCUUGUUUAAAAUCUUAAGCUUAUAAUUUUAUCUCUGUAUUUUCAUAAGAGCCCAUGAAGACUAUAAAUCAGUGACUAAACAUUGAUGAAACUUAUGUGUGCUUUUAUUUAUUUAUUUUUUUCCCUUCUCUCUUUUCCUCCCCUACUUCCUGAGAACAAUGUCCUUUAUUUAUUUGUUUUUCACACAUCUAUUUAACAAUGGUUAAACCACUCGUUUUCCUUUAUCAGUCAAAAUUCUCAGUAGUUACAAUUUACAGUUCAAUUUUUGUUAAACUAUGCUUGGUGUGUCUUAACAUAAAGUUGUGUUUAGAACACACUGUUCAAGGGCUUUAACUGUAACGUUUUUUUAUGAAUGGAGUCUGUUUUUUGUUAAUGCAGCUGUAAAUCUUUCCUCUUUCCUGUUUUAGAGCCUGGGGAGGUUACAUGUUGCAUGUUUGUUCAUGAAAUGGAAUAGGGCAAGGGCACAUGUGCAGGAUUUUUUUUAUGAAUGGAAAAGCUAAGAAAAACCUGGCUGACUUGAGUCUGGUUUUGUGAAAGGGGCCUUGUACUGAGCCAUUAACAUGCAUACCUGAUUUCUCCGUCAACUCAAGCAUCAUUCAAGAAAGCUGUUUUAGUUGGAAAAUAGAUAUAUAAUAUAUCAAUCACAAAUUAAAUUGAAGGAUUGUAUUUUUAUUUAAUUUGUGAUCUUCUUUACUUCGCUCCUGAAUUUAUUUUGUUCAUUUUAUUAAAAAAGGGAAUAUUUUUGUAAGGGAGAGCAGAUUACACCCUAGACCUCCUAGCUGCAUAAUAGCUUAAUUGAGCUUAAGUUAUGGUGUUCCUUUUAAAGAUAAACUAUAGUCCUGAAAAUAACAAUUGUUAAUUUAGGGCUACAGGUUUAUCUAUAUUGCUGUCAGCACUGUCCACCCUCUCUUUUGCAUUGUAAAAUUAAAGAUUACUCUCCUAGUUUCCUGCGCCGGGACUCCUCCAUUGCAGCCUCUAAUGAUGCCAGCAAGCAUGCUGAUGUCACUUGCGAUCUUGUUAAAGGACCACUAUAGUGUCCUGAGGGUGCCCCCACCCUCAGGGUUCCACUCCCGUGGCGCUGAAGGGGGAGGAAGGGGUUAAUCCCUUACAUUUUUCCAGCACCAGGCUCCCUCAAUGAGACAGCCAUUAGAGGCUGGAUUAACCCAUAGGUAAACAUAGCAGUUUCUCUGAAACUGUUAUGUUUACUGCAAAAAGGGUUAAACCUAGCUGGACCUGGCACCCAGACCACUUCAUUAAGCUGACGUGGUCUGGGUGCCUAUAGUGGUCCUUUAAAUCUAAUGCUUCUCCUACAGAAGCAUUGUAUUGGAGAGCAGAAAAUGUCAGUCCUUUAAUUAGAUGCUGCUAUUACCAGCAUUUGAUUGCAGGACCAAGUUUUACUCUGUUAUAGAGACAGAAGUGCCUCUAGUGGCCUUCAGGAAGACAGCCAGUAGAGACUUGCUUAACCCAUCAAUGUAAAUAUGCAUUUAAGAAAAGGUUAAAUUUCCCCCAUCUUUUCAACCUAUUGUGUCAGGAAUACAUGUGUGCAUUGCAGUGUUUAAAGGAAUGCUAUAGUGUUAUCAAUACAAACCUACAAUUACCAUGCUGUGCCAUUCAGCAUUUCCUUAUAGAGAGCUAUGCAGAGUGUGAAGAUGCUAAAUGGCAGUGCUGCACACUGACAUAGGAAGUGCCUCUACUGGCCAUCUGAGUGACCGCCACUAGAGUAUGUUACAAGGCAGCAAUGUAAACCCUAUAUUUUCUCUGAAAAGCCAGUGCUUAAAUUGGAAAGCCUACAUGGACAUGCUAUAGACACCAGAACCACUACAUUUAAGCUGUAGUGGUUCUGGUGACUUUACUGUCUCUUUAAAGGAACAGGACCAGUGCACCAGAAACACUUCAAUUAGAUGAAGUUAAUGAUCCUUUAACCCCUCAAGGACCAAACUUCUGGAAUAAAAGGGAAUCAUGACAUUAAACACAUGUCAUGUGUCCUUAAGGGGUUAAAGUAGCUGUGUUUCAAAAUAUCCAUGCAAAGUCUAGUGCUCUAUAAAUGAUAGACAAAAAUCUGGGGUGCGGGGCCUGGGCAUCAUGGCGGCUAGCUGCACAUAGAGUGAGCUCCCAGUUUGAUCCACAAACUCUGACUGAUUUACUGACUGCCAGUUCGCAACAAAUGACUCACCCAGCUACAUAACCAUAACUGGUGAUUCAAGGGAAGAUCUUGAGGAUUUAUGCGACUCACCAGCCUAAACUUUGCAAAGAGAACCCACUGCGGUCUACCGUUGCUGGAACGGGUGAAGCGGCCGAUCAUUCACUCAGCGCGAUGCUGAAAUACGUGGGGUCUAACUACCCAGUUAACUCCCCCCUCACCCCCGGACCAGUGGGGGCUAUCCCAGUCCUAAGCCUGCCCCACAAAGCCUGAACGGAGAACCCGCAAGCCACACGACACCUUCAAGAUGGCCACCGCAUUGAAACCCCAGCACAGCCAAACAAGCCUGAUAGGUCAGAGCUGGAGAGAGGCCUUUUGAUGCUCAGUUCGAGGCAAUAUGCCAAGCCUUCUGGGACCGUUUUGCGAAGCGGGGACCCUUGUUUACCCCUCCCGAAGACUGCCUGUCAAGCAUUAGCUGAUGCCUGUUCCUCUUCUUGGCGGGGGCCCCUACUGGAGAUCCGUAUACCUGUGGGGAAGACCGCCAUCUGGAAAUCCCGAGACUCUCGAUCCUGCCACUCUGAGAAGGGGGAUCCACUGACUAAGGGCACUGGCUCCCUUUAAGGCCCGGAGCCGAAGAGACAGGGACUUGUCACGCUGCAAAAUGCUGACAACUCGCUUGCUGCAUGUGCAGUGCAGCCUGACUUUCCACAUGCUGGAGAAGGGGACCAAUACACCCAACCUAAAGAUGGACAGUCCACUGGGGCAUGCACGGGGUAUUGGUUGAAGAUGGCUAUCAAUGCCUCAUUCAGCUCCUUUCCUGUUGCCUGGCAAACUGUCUGAUUUUAUGAUAACCUAAUGUGAACACACUGGUUCUUACCUAGCUUGUGGCUUAAAUAUGCUCACAACACAGAUGGCAAUGUUAACCUUUUAUUUUAGCUUAUGUCAUCGUUUUACCUUGGAUGUUGACGCUCACGUAUUUACAAGCAACACAGUGGCUACUAUCUCUUGACACUUGGGUAGACCCUCUUCUUUUCUGUUAAGAUUGCUAAUUAUGCUUCCUUAGACUAACUGUGCUGCCUGACAACCGAUCUUUGACACACACUCAAGCUAUCCUGUAGCAGCCUGUCCACCAACUACCUUGCAUUACACACAGUGAUCUACCUAAUUAUUAGCCUGUUUCUCUCACCAUGCUUAUUACUAAAUAUAAAAAAUUAUGCAGACCCACAGCCACAAUGUUUUAAAUUUUAUGUGUGCUAAUGCUGUUGUGGCAAGGCAUGCCUGUAAUGUAAUAUUUUGAGCACGACAAAAAUAAAGAAUUUAUUCCGUGUCCUUGCACAUAGUUUUCACUGUGGGCAGCAUGCAAAGCAUUCUCAUUGUGGUUUAAUUGAUAGAAAUGGGAAGUUCUGCAGUGUUACAUUGCAAGAUAGAGCAAGUGAGUGAUGGAUAAACUUGAAUGAAAGGUAAAUGUCUUUUAGAAAGUAAGUUUCGGAAAAUGUUUUGUGUCUACCUCUCUCCCCCCCCCCUCCCCCCCAAAUGUUUAACCCCUUAAGGACACAUGACAUGUGUAACAUGUCAGGAUUCCCUUUUUAUUCCAGAAGUUUGGUCCUUAAGAGGUUAAAAAGAAGCCCUGGAACUAUUAAAAAGGUGGCUUGUGAGUACUUGCUGUUUCGGAGUCCUGCUUCUAGCCUCCAUAAUUAUUUUGUGUGUAUGUAUUGACAUUGCUUGAAGGAACUAUAUAUUGUAGUGAAGGCCAGGAGUUCAUAGCAAUGAUAUUCUUCAGUUGGUAUGCUUCAGAUGUCUCUCUAUACACCCCUCUCUUUUUUUUCAUUAAGUAGUUUUUGGGGUUCAAUAGGUGGCCCUGUUUCUUGCGUAAUGCCAGAUAACUGAUUAUUUAUUUGUCUGGGUGUCUGCGUGUGGUUUUGGGAAUGGUAAGGCUUAAUUAACUUUGUUCUAGUUAUGUAUUCCAUAUCCAUGAGCUUUCUUACAUCUCAGGACUUUUUCAUGUCCACAAUACUGUGGUUGAUGGAGUUUACUUGACCUAAUUGUAUGCAUUGACACUGCAAUCCCUGAGUACUUUAAAGGACCACUCUAGGCACCCAGACCACUUCAGCUUAAUGAAGUGGUCUGGGUGCCUGGUCCUUCUAGGGUUAACCCAUUUUUAAAUAAACAUAGCAGUUUCAGAGAAACUGCUAUGUUUAUCAAUGGGUUAAGCCUUCCCCCUAAUCCUCUAGUGGCUAUCUCAUUGACAGCCACUAGAGGCGCUUGCGUGCUUCUCACUGUGAUUUUUCACAGUGAAAGCACGCCAGCAUCCAUAGGAAAGCAUUAUGAAUGCUUUCCUAUGUGACCGGCUGAACGCGCGUGCAGCUCUUGCCGCGCGUGCGCAUUCAGCCGACGGGGCGGAUUGGAGGAGGAGAGAAGGAGGAGAGCUCUCCGCCCAGCGCUGGAAAAAGGUAAGUUUAAACCCCUUUCCCCUUUCCAGAGCCGGGCGGGAGGGGGUCCCUGAGGGUGGGGGCACCAUCAGGGCACUAUAGUGCCAGGAAAACGAGUGUUUUCCUGGCACUAUAGUGGUCCUUUAAGGUUCUGCACUGUCCUUGUUUCUCUAAUCUGUUUAUGUUGCAAUAGCAAUUAAACAUUUGUGUCUGUGUUUGCAAAGAACUUAAACUAGGUAACAGAGUGAGCAGGAUAUUGCUUAUCUACAGAGGGAUUUGGACAAAUUAGUGGACUGGUCUGUCAGGUUACCGAUUAGAUUUAUUUUUUUUUUUUAUGUAGAUAAAUGCAAAGUUAUGCAUUUUGUCCUGUAGAAUGCCCAAACCACUUGUACUCUAAUUAUACUUUUGUUUGGGGAAAAUAAGUGAGAAGGCAUUGGAAAUGGUUAGACAGAUUGGGCUAUGAUGUACAGUGCUAGGCAGAGGAUUCUAAGGGAAAGAGUUUUCUUUCUGGAGGGACUGUAUGUGAGAGUUUGACUUUAUAAACUUGAGCCUUUUCAGCCUGUAUUGUUAUACAGUAUAACUAUGUACUGUUCCUUGCACUGUAUUCAUUACAUGGGAAGAAGUUCGCUGACAUACGGAAAUAUCUUCUGUGUGCAGUGUUCCUGUAUAUACUGUGAUUGAAUUUGUGUUAUUAUUUAUUGGCAUUUAGUGAGUGUUGUGCUAAGGGUUUCAAGGUGACUGGGUUAGUUAUGUCACUACAUGUAUGAGUUUUGUGACCACUUAAUAAAAUUUUUAGAUAGAAUUUUCUUAAUGGGGUGAAAAGAUUAUUGCGCUUUCUAAAUUCCCUUUUGAGUUCUAAUUUUAUACAUGCUAAGCUAUCAUUUUGGCAAAUUGUAAGAAUGUGUUGAAAGCUAAAUAUGCUAAGUUAACAAAUCUGGCUUUUUAUUUUUUAAUUGUGUGGGGUUUUUUGUGUAUGAUUUUAUUUUUUUUAACAUUAUUCGUAAUCCUUUAAAAUUUUGUGCAGUACAGAUUUCAACAGCUUAUUGCUCCCAUCCCACUUUCUUCUUCUUCUUCUCCCUUUGUUUGAGGCUUAUGAAAUUUAAAUUAAUAAAUGUGUACCUCUUCUAGUAUAUGGCAAGCUUUUGAUCCUAAUUAACUUUUUUUUUUUUUUGUUAAUUUUUUUUAAAUUUUUUUUUGCAAUAGGAAGAUUUGAAAGUUUCACAGAGUGCUCAAUGCUGAAGGCAGAACACUUGAACUACAAUGGACUGUUUUUAUGACCAGCAAGUCCCUUUUAUGGCUCCAGGGGUGAGUUCCUACUUUAUUUCAGUUGGUAAUAAAAGUUUAUGUAGCUUAAUAAAUUGCUAUACCCAUUUAUGUUGGCCUGUUUUUUUUUUUGUUUUUUUUUCAGAAAUAGACAACAGUUCAAGUGGUAUAAUUGGGCACGAUUUACAAUAUAUAUUGAUCUUAUGUAGUUUAGAUGUCCCCGCAGCCUCUUUUCCUCCACCUCCAUCUCCGCUUUAAUUUAAAAGCCUGUGACUGAGAGUGUUAGCUCACACUCUCAGCUUAUUUGAGUAAUUAAUUUGUGUAAAAGCUGAAUUUGAUUUGUCUUCAAUUCAGAAUUUUGGUAGUUAUCUAACCCACAUCCUGAAUGUCCUGUUGUAAUGAAACCAUGAGAUGUUUCAGAUGCAAGGUGCAUCUUUCUGACAUCAACUUCCUUUUGUUAAUUCACAAAACACAGGUCUUAAUGUGUGUGUGUUUUGUAUUCUUGACAUUCUGAACAGAUCACCCAACUGUAAUUAUUUUUUAAUUUAUUUACAUCUUGCACCAACAUGCAAUGAGCCAUUAAGUACAUAAUAAAAUAGAGACAAGAUAAAUAACAGAAGCAUCAUUUCAUAUAAUACAACGUCCAAGAUAGAUGGUUUGAGAGGGUUUUUUGUGUAUAUAUAAUUAGUUAUGUAAGCUGAUGCAGGAUAGGAGGGUCAGAUUGGCCAUCGCAUAGUGAGACUGGAAUUCCAAGCCUUUUUUUUUUUUUUUUUUAAUGUGGAAGUGGGUUGUCUCACUGUUUAGGAUCCCACCCACCAGGACACCUAUAUGUGCUGGGCUGCAGGUUUUUUUCUGCCAUAUUGAGUGUUAGGUGGCCAUGGAUUGAAUAUUCUUGAUACUAUUAACUGGCAGUAGUGUAUGGGGCUAGUAAAUCAUUUGAGAAAGUGAAGAUUAUGUGAUACACUGCUGUGUUGACGUGUAAAAUAAGCAAUUAUGUCUGGCGCUCAUUAACCUUUGAGCUCCAAAAGAGGGUAUGGGUAACUCCGGUGACAUUGGCUAGGGAUGUAAUGCUUUAUUGUUAUUAGAAUGUUUGUUUUAGUAUAAAUAAGUAGUUCAAAAUAAAACCGUAACAUACCAAUAAGAUAAAUGUAAAAUAAAGGUAAAUGGUGUUAGUUUGGUGGUACUCCAGCCAGGCUGCUCAAUUCUGCCCCGAUGCGUCAGCCUGUGUCCGCAACGGAGCAGGGCACGAAGGGGACUAUGUUGGGUACGUCCCAUGAGCAGCCAGGAGAGGUAUUGGUGGAGACUGGUUUAUCCAGGACCAGUCUACUGAGUAAGGAGCCGGAGUCAUCAGUCACUAAGUGGGCUCUCCUUAUGUGGCAAUCUACAUAGAAGGGGCCAGCAUGACUUCAAAGUGGAAGGGGGUCUGAUUGAGCGCUGUCCUAACCGCCAGCUUAACCUGAAUGGAUUGAAAGCAGAGGAGAACAUCACGGGAGCCCUCCGCUGGAGCUCUGGGGGAUUUGGGAAGCCUGUGGGUACCUUCCAUUGAUGCAGUCUUCACCUGCCUGGGAUGGACUAAUGUAGAUAGUAGGCGUUGGAUGAAUUGAGACAGUUCACUGUCAUCGACAGUCGGCUAUACCUCUAAUUUUGAUAUUCGUAUGUUGUCGUCUAGGCUAUCCUUUGGCCCUGGAGGGCUUGAUAUGAGGACCGUAGGCAUUGUAGCUUCUCCUCUGUACCUUGUUGGCGUUGAGUCAUGGAGGUGACGUCCUCUUCAGUAGCCCUCACCCUGUCCGUGACCGUUAUCUCCUCCAGUGGUGCGCAGAUUUUUCAGGAUUUCUCCUUUAGUAGCUGGAGCUCCAAGAGGCAGAAUAGAUAGUGGGUCAGUAGUCUCUGAUGCGCAUUAAGGGUCUGGGUUCGCUGCCAUUUUAGAUUUAGGUUGCGCCAGAAAAAGAUCGCCUAUUCUCUGGGUUCCUACUUCUGGGUACGUGUAUAUUAUUUAUUUUUUUUAAAUUUGUUUGUUGCUGGGUACAGGGGUCUGACUUUUUUUGUCAGAUUGCCGUCGGUUGUAUCGGGUAGAUAUAGCAGCUAUGGUUCUGGAGCUCUGCAGACAUGUAACUGCUUCCAGCGAGAUCAAAGCCAUGCUCCCCCACCAAUUGUAAUUCUGUUUGCGUGACACUUUCACUUCUUUGCAAUGGAUAAUAAGUACUACGAAGUGUUAAAGGAAUACUAUAGUCACCAAAACAACUUGAGCUUAAUGAAUCUGAUUUGCAUAUAGAUCAUGCCCCUGCAGUUUCACAGCUCUGUUUUCUGACAUUUAGGAGUUAAACUACUUUUGUUUCUGUCUAUCAAGCCUAAGCCACACCUCCCACCAACUGUGACUGCAGCCUGCAUAAAAAAAGGGGUGUGUGUGUGUGUGUGUGUGUGUGUGUGUGUGUGUGUGUGUUUUUUUUUUUGUUUUGUUUUUUUUAACUUUCAAUCGGAUGCUAACUUAUUCCAGAUUUUUUUUUUUUUUAUUUACUGCUUUGUAAAUUGAACUCGAAUUACACAUAGGACGCUCCUUCAAGGUCCAGCAGGCUAUUAACCGAGCAGGAGAAUAAGACCUUGUAAAUUAAAAGGCUUGCAAUCAAGGAAAUUUAAAAAAAUUAGAUGACUCUUUACCGGAAGUGUUUUGGAAGGCCUUGCAAGUCAAAUGCAGGCCGGAGUGGCAAGGGCUGCAUAAGCAAGGUGAUUUUACUCCUAAAUGCCAAGGAAUUGAGCAGAGAGACUGCAGGGGCAUGAUCUAUAUACCAAAAAUAUACAAACCAACAUUAAAAGGAAUCCAUGUUUGAAAUGGAAUGAGGCAAAAAAUGUGAUUCUUUGUUAAACUAAUUUGCAUAUGCCCAACCAUAAUCGUUUGCGGUAGUGACAUCACUGCAGAUUUGGGAUUUCUGUGGGAAAAGCAAGUCUUAUGGCUUGACUGGUGUGCAGAUUUUUGUUUCACAUUGUAUUAACUAUCCACAGACUUCAGGUGGAAGGGGUUUUCAAUCACAAUUUUUCCCCACCAUAACCUAUAUGGAUUUUGCUUCAUUAAGCUAAAGUAGUUUAGGUGACUAUAGUAUCCCUUUAAGUCUAGAAACAAACUAAUCUAAAGAAGGGCCAGGAAAAUAGUCUAGUCCAGGGCCUGUCAAAUCCCAGGUCUCAGUGGUGACUAAGAAUUUUGCCAUUCCGCCUGGAAUUUAUCAGUCUGUUCAACUGCUGAGGGAGAGUGAAGCAAAGUGGUGAGAGGUAAAAGCCGGCUCUUCUUGCUCUGCUUCCUUGCAUGCCCUGCUGUGAAGCCAGCAUCCCUAAACGGAAGUGCAGAGCAAGAAGAGCUUAAAUAUUUCAGCAGCCACACUGUACGCCAGGAAAAGGAUCCACUUCAGCUCUCCCAAAGGUAGGGAAUCUAUAAUUUGUGUGUGUAUAUGAUUGCAUUUUUAUUUAUUUUUUUUGCUCCCCCAGCCCACCUCCCCAUCAUUCUGCGCCAAUUGGCAUUUUUUUCAGAGAUGCAUCUCUACGGAGGAACAUUCAGCAUCUCCAGUCCAGUGCUUCCUGAGUGCCUGUCACUACAGGUGUUAGGCAGCAAUGUAAACAUUACAUUCUCUGAAAAACCAGCGUUUUACAUUAAAAACCCUGCAGUUACAGACUGUAGACACCAGAACCAUGACAUUAAGCUGUAGUGAUUCUGGUGACCAUACUGUCCCUUUUUUUAAAAAAAAUUAUUUUUGUAAUUUAUAAUAUUUUUUUGUUGCGUUAAAAAAAACAAAAAAAGUAGCUCCUAGAUUACAAGCAAAUUUGUCACGUCCUUGUCUAGCCUAUAAAGUUACAAUGAGUAUCAAACUGUAACAAUGUUGCCAGCAUAGUUUUGGGGAAUCUUCCUCUAAACCCACUUCACACCCCCUCUCAUAGAAACAUAGAAUGUGAUGGCAGAUAAGAACCAUUCAGCCCAUCUAGUCUGCCCAAUUUUUUUUAAAUACUUUCAUUAGUCCCUGGCCUUAUCUUAUAGUUAUGAUAGCCUUAUGCCUAUCCCACGCAUGCUUAAACUCCUUUACUGUGUUAACCUCUACCACUUCAGCUGGAAGGCUAUUCCAUGCAUCCACUACCCUCUCAGUAAAGUAAUACUUCCUGAUAUUAUUUUUAAACCUUUGUCCCUCUAAUUUAAGACUAUGUCCUCUUGUUGUGGUAGUUUUUCUUCUUUUAAAUAUAGUCUCCUCCUUUACUGUGUUGAUACCCUUUAUGUAUUUAAAUGUUUCUAUCAUAUCCCCCCUGUCUCGUCUUUCCUCCAAGCUAUACAUGUUAAGAUCCUUUAACCUUUCCUUGUAAGUUUUAUCCUGCAAUCCAUGAACCAGUUUAGUAGCCCUUCUCUGAAUCAAAUGUGUUUCAUGGCCAGACCAUUGAUUCCUUUUGUGUCUGCGAGGGAAGGGCUUUGCUUGUUGGCUGGCCAUCUCUGUUAAUGUUUCAGACUGUUGGAACAUUGAUUAACUAACUGAAAGGUCUGUUAAGUUAAUGUGGAAUUGGCAACUGUAAAACUACCUGCUGGAUGUUCCAUUUAAUCCUUCCUUUAGCAUUAACUACUACACCAACUGUGCAUGGACUAUUUUAAGUAAUUGGAGCAAGUCAAAGUUAGGUAUGGUACUCAAACUCAAUCGUUGUUUACUCUUAUUUACAGAAGUCUUUAGAGGAUUGUAGAAAUCGACCAGUUGGUGAUCGUAAAAGAAGAUAUGUGGAUGUAAAUUUGGCACAUGAUUCUGAAGGUACGAGUGUUUAUUGUUGGCUAAGCUUAAAUUCAUAAAGUAGUGAAAACCAUGGAUGGUGUUCUCCUAUAUUUAUGUAUAAAUCGGGGGUAGUCAACCUUUUAAUACCUACCGCCCGCUUUUGUAUCUUUGUUGAUGGUAAAAUGUCCUUACCGCCCACCAGUGCCACAGUAACUAUUAUAUAGUGUGUGUGUGUGUGUGUGUGUGUAUGUGUGUGUAUAUAUAUAUAUAUAUAUAUAUAUAUUGUUUUGUGUGCGGUAGGGUGCAGUGUGUGUGGUGGGGGGGUAGGGUGCAGUGUGUGUGGGGUGGGGGGGUAGGGUGCAGUGUGUAGGUGGGUGAGAUGUGAAAAAUCUAUCUUAAUGUCUCCCCCUGCUUUCUUCUUACCUUUUACCAGGGAGGGGGGACAUAAUGCAAGCCCUGGUUGUCCAGUAGUGGCAUGUUCACUUUAGCCUGCUGCUCCUUCAGCUACAGGCUGACUCUCCUGUCCUCCUGCGAGAACAGCACUAUAUCAAAGCAUUGCCAUGGUAAUACGUGGCAACGUUCCGACCAGCCUGCUCGUGGGAGGAACACAAAGCCUCCCAGGCCCUUCUCUCUCUCUGCUGGAAUGAAGUGGCAGCGGGACGGUUAGGGAGAUCUUUAAGCUCAUCAACGGGGAGAUGAAAUUCUCUCUGCCGGCCCACCAGGUGUUUUCUGCAGAACCCUCUACCGCCCACCUGAAAUCCCAAGCCGCCAACUAGUGGACGGUAGGGACUAGGUUCACUACCCAUAGUAUAAAGUCUCACUAUUCUGUAUUCACAUUUUUUUUGCUUUUCCAUUUUUGGCAUCUGAGGCUUUAUAGUUGCAUCUGAGCUGAGGACUGGUUCAUAUGUGCACACAUUUUAAUUUGUAACGUGUGGUUUUUUAACUUAUCUGAGCACCAAGAUGCAAUGGACUUGUUUAGGAUGCCAGUCUGUAACAAGCAUAUAUGACUUGUGUAUUGGAUUUAUAAAUGCCCUAAUUGACAGUCAAGCAUAGACUAUGGUGUGUUACAGAACUUUGUCAGUGGAAAAUGGUACAUUCAUUGAGGUAAUGCGAUUUGUUAUAAUAUAAUUAAAAUACACCUAGUGUUUGAGUUUUUAAAUUUGUAUCAAAACUCUUUAUUAUGACGUGUCAAGUUAAUUUGUCUUGUAUUAGAUGCAAAUCUCCAAUUGAAGAGUUACUGUGAUGUUUGCUAGAUAAUUGUGUUAAAACUUGUUUGCUUUUAAAGGGGUCACUCUGUACUCUAAAAGUUAAUGUCCAUUAAAUAUGUUUCCGGUGCCAUGAGCACCAAACCAUUUUGAAGAAAUCUUUGCAGCUAAAACUCUACCCCUCCCCUAACAUGGACUGCAGAGGUGGAGGUUUUACUUCCUCAAUUUUGUUCAAUGUUACCAUUAUGCUGUGUUAACAGAUGCAAUGUAAAUGUGUUCUCUAUCAAUCUAUGGUUCUAUAUAGCACAAAAAUCAAUUAUAAAAAAACAUUUGUAUGAUGCAUGUUUUGGUAUACAAAUAUUGUUGGACAUCAGUAUAGUAUAACCUAAAUAUAUAAUGGAAUCCAUUAAAUUUUAUUUUCUGCUGUCCAGUUCAAGUUGAUAAGUACCCCUGAGUUUCCAAAAGCAUAGCUUAUCUUUGUCAAGUUUCCUGUUUAAUUUUAAAGGGUUAAUAUAGGCAUCAAAACAACUUAAGCUUUAUGAAGCAGUUUUGAUGUGAAGAUUAUGCCCCUGCAAUCUCUACUCAAUGUUCUGCCAUUUAGGAGUAAAAUCACUUUGUUUCUGUUCAUACAGCCCUAGCCACACAUCUCCUUGCUUUGACUAAUGCAGCCUGCAAGAAAUACAUGGUUUCAUUUUCAUUCCGUUAACUUGCUUUUGAAGUUUUAAUCCCCUGCUUUGUAAAUUUUGCUAACCAGAGGUUCAUGUAGGCUCAAGCAGGUUAUGGCUACUAAACUAAUUCAUGGAUUACAGGAUAAAACUUACCCGGAAAGGUUAAAGGAUCAUUUAUAGCUUGGAGGAAAGUCACGACAGCGGUGUGUAAUAGAAACAUUUAACUCCAUAAGUGUAACUAUAUUUAAAGAAUUAAAGAUACCACAACAAGACUACAUAGUCUUAAAUUAGAGGGGGAAAAAGGUUUAAAAAUAUCAGGAAGUAUUAAUUUACUAAUUAUUCAUUUGAGAUGGUAGUGGAUGUAUGGAAUAGCCUUCCAGCUGAAAUGGUAGAUGUUAACACAGUGAAUGAGUUUAAGUAUGCAUGGGAUAGGAAUAGGAUUAUCCUAGAUAUAAGAGACUAAUGAAAGUAUUAGAAAAUUGGUAAGACUAGAUGGGCCUAUGGUUCUUAUCUACACACCACAAUUACCUGUUGGAAGAGAGUAACCAUUUAUUUGGCCUUUGUUGGUAAAAUUUGGGAAAACCUCACAAGUAGACUUUGUUUAUAGGUAUUUAAAUUGUGCCAAUUAUUUGCUUAUCUAUUGCGUUACAAAAUAUAGUGACUAUAUACUAGUCUGCAAUAGGAUAUAAUUCUGAUGCAAUCUAUGUUGAAUGACUAUAGAAAGAGCUAAGUUUUCACUGUAGUCAGUAUGCCUCUAGGAAGUAGCUGAUGGUUGCAUUGUCUACAAAGAGACAUGCGUCCAUAAAGUUCAGCCUUUCUCACAUCUGUGUUUGCUGUUGAUCCAAGUGAAGGCAAACCAUGCAGUUUGAAGUGCUUUCCACUUUUUCCAGUUUUGAAACAAACUAGGAAAAGAGUCCUUCUUGACAGUCUGAUCUCUACUCGGGUCAAGGAUCUAGAAUAAUGAAGUCAGGUGGGCUCAAAUAAGAAAGGAACCAGUGAGUGGUUUAAUUUUGAUGCGUAAAUUGCAAAGUCUGAAUAUUUAUGUACCUCGAGUAUAAGUCGAGUUUUUCAGCACAUUUUUUGUGUUGGAAAAACCUCCACUCGACUUAUACUCGAGUUAAUGUCUGUAUUAUGGCAACUUACAUUGCCAUAAUACAGACCCGGACCGCCGGGCUCAUUACAAGCCCGGCGGUCCUGUUGGGGGCUGGCAGUGAGCUGUUACUUACCUUUCCUGCAGCUCCCUUCUCUCUCCUCCGGUUCGGUCAGCUCCACUGUAAAUCUCGCGAGAGCCGCGGGGAACGCUCCGCGAGACUUACAGUGGAGGAGAAGGGAGCUGCCAGGAGCUACAGGAAAGGUAAGGAACAGCUUGCUGCCAGCCCCCCUCCUACACAGUGCACACCACUGGACCACCAGGGAAUGAGAGCCCCCUUCCCUGGCCAGCUAACAGGCAGGGAGGGGGGAUGAAAAAAAAUAUAAAUAAAAAAUGUAAUAUUAAAAUAAAAAAAUAUUAAUAAUUUUAAAAGAUAAUAAAAAUGCCCGCCCCCCCUCCACGAAGGCUCUGCAUCACAUAUAUAUAUAUAUAUAUAUAUAUAUAUACACACACACACACUGCACUCAUACAUACAUACAUACAUACAUACAUACAUACAUGCACUCGUGUUUAUAUACACACACACAUACUGCAUUCAUUAUAUAUAUACACACACUGUAAAUAAAUAUUCAAUAAAUAUAAUUUUUCAGGGAUCUAAUUUUAUUUAGAAAUGUACCAGUACCUGCUGCAUUUCCCACCCUAGUCUUUUUUUGGGGUAAAAUUAGGGGUCUCGACUUAUAUUUGGGUCGACUUAUACUCGAGUGUAUAUACGGUACUUUAAAAAAAAAAAAAUGUUUUUUUUUUAAUUGGUUUUUAUUUUUUAUAUUUUUUUUUUUUAGAACUGUUUCAAGAUCUAAGCCAGCUACAAGAGGCAUGGUUGAUUGAAGGUAAAUAUUCUGUUUUUUUGGUUUUUGUAUUUCAAAAAUGUCCACCUCUUCUGCAGUUUGUGUAUAUUAUACUGUUGAACCAUGACUUUUUCAUUAUUUCCCUGAAUAGUUUAUAUCCUUUUCCCUCAUCUUUAAUCCUAAAAAAAACAACCCUUAAAAAGAGAUAUAUAUAUAUAUAUAUAUAUAUAUAUAUAUAUAUAUAUAUAUAUAUAUAUAUAUAUUCUCACCCCUCCUGGGUGAUAUGUUUAUUCCUUAUUCUCGGGUCCUCUACCAGACGCUUGGGAGUUUAAGGGUUCUGCGCAGUAUCUUAGCGGUUCCUAGAACUGCACUCUUUUGGACAGCGAUCUCAGAUGUCCCACCUGGAAUCUGUUGAAGCCACUCCUCCAAUUUGGGAGUCACAGCUCCGACUGCUCCUAUCUCAACUGCCUUCACUUUCCACAUCCUUUCUAAUUCUUUUUUCAGUCCUUGGUAUUUGUCUACCUUCUCCUGUUCCUUCUUCCUGAUGUUAUAUUCACUGGGUAUUGCCACACCCACAAUGACUACAGUCUCUCGUUCCUGGUCUUCCACCACGAUGUCUGGUUGGUUGGACAGUCCCUCAGGAUCUUAGCCCUGUCAUUCUAAUCUACACUUUGUGGUAUCUCCCAUCUGUACUUAGGCAGGCCCAAUCCAAUUUCUGUGCAGAUGUUUUGGUACACAAUCCCAGCAAUUUGGUUGUGUCUCUCAGUGUAUGCUGUUCCUGCUAACAUCUUGCAUCUGGCUACUAGGUGCUGGACUGUCUCAGAGGCCUCUUGGCACAGUCUGCACCUUGGGUCUUGCCUGGUGUGGUUCUGUCAAUCUGGUGCUGAGUGCCUGCUCCUGUCUGCUAGGAUUAGUGCCUCAGUGCUGCCUUUUCCAACCACUGGUAGGAUUUUGUAAUGUGAGCCACAUCCACUAUCUGCCGGUGGUACACCCCAUGGAGAGGUUCAUGGAUUGCAGGAUAAAACUUACAAGGAAAGGUUUAAGGAUUUUAACAUGUAUAGUUUGGAGAAAAGACAAGACAGGGGGUAUGAUAGAAACCUUUAAAUACAUAAAGGGUAUCAACACAGUAAAGGAGGAGACUAUAUUUAAAAGAAUAAAAACUACCACAACAAGAGGACAUAGUCGUAAAUUAGAGGGAAAAAUGUUUAAAAAUACGAUCCGGAAGUAUUACUUUACUGAGAGGGUAGUGGAUGCAUGGAAUAGCCUUCCAGCUGAAGUGCUAGAGGUUAACACAGUAAAGGAGUUUAAGCAUGCGUGGGGUAUGGAUAAGGAUAUCCUAACUAUAAAAUAAGGCCAGGGACUAAUGAAAGUAUUUGUGCAGACUAGAUGGGUCGACUAGUUCUUAUCUGCAGUCACAUUCUAUGUUUCUAUGUAAGCUAAUUUAUCUCCCAGGAACAGAGCCUAACAUAAAAAACUAAAAGUAUCCCAAAACAUCAUAAAAACCUGUUAUAACCCCACAUAUCAUACAACCGUGAUCUGAGUGUCCAAGUUGUCCACCAUGUCAAAGUUCUUACUGGCCGCACACGUGGUUCUAUGCCCAAAGUCGUUCCAGAGCAAUGUGUGUUUUGGCCAGUCAACUUCCGGGAGCUCCUGCAUACGGGGUGCUCCACUUGACCCUCAGGAAGCGUUUGUUCAACUUAGGUGUCUCAGACACCUUUCCUCCAAAAAGAGCUCUUCUGGCGGCUUGCAAAGUGGUGCAAAACCCCGGACCAAGUUGUCUGGGAACCGCAAGGUCACCUUGUGACGAAAACCGUUCCAUAACAUUUGCGGCUAAGUACCACUGAGGUGACCGGGAACUACGAUAUCCUCGUGCUGAAAUUGGUUCCGUAGCGGUCGCGGCCAAGUACCACUGAGCACCAUUCGUGGAUUUAUUCAUGCGAAUGACUACCCGGGUGCUUGCCUUUGGUUCAAUUCCAGAGAAGGGAAAGUGUUGUUCCGGGGCACCGAGGGAAAGCUGCUUGGAGAGGCCUGACAGGUUAACUCCCGAAUGGGGUCUUUGGAUCUGGCCCAUAGUUCUUGGGCAGGAGGCUAUUUAGCAGGAGCUCGUGGCAUCUGCACGUUUGCCACAAUGUGGUCCCCUUUUUUUUUUUCCAAACCGAUAUCUGCCAUUGAAACCUUCCUGCUUAAAACAUAGUCAAUAAACUCUCUCUUUAUUAAUGUAAAUGUAAGGGCAACGAAUGACUGGUAUUUCAAUACCCGUUCGUUUGUAUGCUUCUGAACUACUAGGGAGUUAUUGAUUAUAGUGCAUUUGCAUGGAGCGAUGAUUCGUCUGUUCCCGGAAUCCGAGUAGUGCAUGAGGGUAAAUCCAGUGGUUCGUCGAUCACAUACCCAAAUAUCAGUUAAGACUUGAUGAUGGGUAGAACAAGAAUGUGUUUUAUUAUGGCCAGAUGGCCCACUUUUAUACAAAGACCCCCAGCAGGGCUCUCAAGCAAACGCAUAGAAAAACACUCCUACAACACGCCCAGAACACUCCCACAACACGCCCUUCUGUGUCUGGGAGAUAAUUUAGUGUACUUUGCCUUAAAACUAAUUCUCCCAGGCACUAGAAUGACUAAGCAUAAAAUAUUAAAAAUACACAUACAUAUAGGAACCCCCACAAAUAUUGUAUCCCUGGAUAGCCUGAAUCUGAGCGCCCAAGUAUUCCAAACCGUGCUCCAAUCCCACGAACAUAGCCGAAUCGCCACCGGGGUAAAGUUUUGACCGAACGCACACGUGGUGCCUGCCCAAAUUAGUUUCAUAGAAGCAAAGAUAGUUGGUCAAUUUCAGGCAUUCCAAACUAAACAAAAAGAUUAACUGUCCCCCUGGCUCAUAGGUAGCGUUUGUUCGCCUUGUUCAUGCGAACAAACCUACUGAAUAGCGCUCUCCUGGCUUGUUGUGGAAAGAAGCAGGCAUUCUUGAAGUUUGGCUGGUGUUUGUGAGGUAGUGUCCGACUUGGAGUUCCAGACACUCGAUGACCAAGUCCCGCUGCCUGCUUUCGUGCGACAAGAUGGCCGACGUUUUCUCCAGCACCUGUUUGGUUUUACGAAUGGUGGCCACACAGGGAGCGCACUUAAGUCUGUGGUUUCUUUGAACUUUAAGAGCCAGGGGAGUGGUCGCUGUUCGGUGUAACUUGGGGAAUAAAGUAUAUCGUUUUGUCACAGUAAGUUAUGUAUAAUGAAAAAUGUGUUUUUUUUCCACUUGUUUUACAGCGCAAGUACCAGACGAUGAACAGCAUGUUCCAGAUUUUCAGUCUGAUAACUGUAAGUACCAUUUAUAAAAACACUAAGUUUAUGGAUCAAAUACAUUCUAGGGAUGUUUGGACAAAAUGUUAAUUUACAAUAUAUACUCUGCUGGGGCAGAGUCUAGCAUUCAAGAACGAUAAUCUAUUUUUGUUUAAGUUUACCAUUCGGAUUUAACUGAAAUUCUAAAUUUAGUAAAUAACAAACAAAAUGUUAAAGCCUUUAGAAUUGCAAAGAUUUUUUGCAAAAGUGACUGCACAUGAGGCCCCUUAAGUGUCUUUUUACUCCUUGCACAACAGGGGAGGCAUGAGUUUUGCCCUAGGUUUUUUUUUUUUUUUUUUCUUCCUCACAUCAGUUUGUUCUGCCAACCUGGUUGGAAAAACAUAAUUGGAGCUCAAAGAUUUUAGAUGUAAUUCUUGGGAUUUGUAUUCUGGACUGUAGUUACUUGGUCCUCUGUGGCUGCAGUGGCUAAUAAAAUCCUUAUAGUUCAUAUUCAAAACAGAUUAUUAAGAUCUCCUCAUCUGAUGCUUAUGUAGUUUUGUAGCUUCACUGCAAAGCUUUCAGUUUUUGUGGAUUUUUGCAUCUGUAGCUGAAAUUGUGAUCAGGUAAGAUCUUUAAAUAUAAGCUCCUGGGGAAAAAACCUGUUUAAACCUACACCAAGUGGGGGGGAGGGGGGGGGAGAAAGUAUGUAGUUCCUUUCUAGAUCUAGAUUCUAAGCUUAUCUGCAUGAAUUCACUUGUGGCAGAACCACUUCAUAACUAUUCUGAAUCUUAUAUGCUUACAAACUCCCAUCCAUCAGGCUUAUCUUUGGUACCUCAGUUUUGUAGAAUCUAUCUAUUCUGUAGCUUUUCCUCAUGGUAUAUUCAAGGUGCCUUUAUUUGUCACAAAAGUUGAAUACAGAUGACCUGUAUUGUGGUUGCUGCCUCAUCAAACUAAUAUGGUCUCAUAAUUACAAACAUUGACCUGAAUGGCUUGUACCUCUUAGAUGAGGUUGUCCAUAAAUAUCCUAUAACUUAGGGUGACCUGGUAAGGUCUUUCUGGCAUGGCUGUCUCUGCAGAUGUUUAGUUCAGACAAUCCAUAUUGUACUUCCUUUUGGAUAGGAUUGAGCAGGAUCUUGGUGCCAUUGCUCUUAUCUGCCAUGACAGACUACUACUCCAUUCAGACUCUUUUUUUGUUAAAGUUCUAAUUUUAAUGAAUCUUCUCACUCUGUUUUCUCAAAUUGAAAAGAUGUUUUGGCAUAUAUGCACUAAAUUUAGAAUAAUAGAUAGUAACCUUGUGUCUGAACGUUCAUGUCUGUCAUGUAACACCCCUAUCUUGUUUAGGGUAAGAAUAGUCUCUGCUUUGUAUGCUUCCUAAUGUGGUUUCUCAGGAGAUUGUGGUGCUUUCUUUUUAUUCUAACUCUGAGAAUUAAACAAACUUUUGAAUACCCUGACUGUUCUUGGGGACAUUAAUAUCCCAUGUUUGAAUCCUUUAUACACUGUUGCAUCCCCCAACCCCACCCACUCCUUUUCUCGAGGUCCUGACCGGGAGAUACUAUGAAACUUUACCGAGUUCUGAUUAAUCUUGAAGCUGGUAUCCUUAGGUACCCUGACCUCCAUAUAGAGUGCUAUUUAGAGGGGAGGCAUCGGAAGAUAACUGGGGCUUGAGCACUCCCCUUCACAGAGGUCUGGGACGUGCUCCAGAGUUCCCGGUUAGUAGUGAGGAAGCUGACCUGGUGGAGAUACUCGGUUGGAGUGCAGGAGUUCUGUCACAAUUAUUCAUUUAAAGAGCAUGUGAAAGCUUCUUACUUGUGGCAGAAAAAGACAAUUCUUUUUUUCUAGACAUUGGUUUUGUUUACAAAAGUGGUCUCUUCCAAAGAAUUGGGAAAAGGCACAGUGAUGAAUAUACUGAUUCAUAUAAGGGAAGUGACACAGAUGGGAAAGGUGCCGGGGAAAACGCACACAAACCAAAACCCAAUUACUUAUUUCUGCAAACAAAUCUAACACAGUAAAGAUUAUCCAUGCCUUCAGAAGAAAAUUCUAACUUGGUAAGGUGUUCUUGUUGAAGCAGCUAAUCGCCAAAAGUUUUGAAAUCCUCCCGGGUAACCGUAAAUGCACAGAAAAGUAUUUACAUUUUUUUGGAAUGCCAAGGCAUGCUUGACAUGCUGUAAACGAACCUGGAGAUGGUAGGGAUUGACCAGUCUGGCUUUAUUUGAUCUCAUAGUCAAUGGGCAGAUUCUCCGGUUCUAAGUGGUGGGGCCGCUAUACACUAUCCUGAUUUUGUUUCUUGAACCUACUUGGCAUUUGUUACCAGAAUGCUAUAAUCUAUAAAUUGUAUCUCAACAGUCUAACAGUCACUGGCUCUAGUGAUCACUAAACAUCCCAAUUCAAUAACUGGAAUUUCUUGUGUAAAAAUUGAGUAGCAACAAUACUGCAGCAGCUGUCGAUUCUAUUCAUUCGAUGUUAUGCUAUGAACAUCUCUGGAGAUAAAAUUACUUUCAUCCCAAUAAUCCAUGCUAGACAUUGAGAUAAGGUGGUCUCAGUGUCUAUAGUGUCCCCUUUAAAGGGUGUUUGAUGGGAUAAACAAAAAAUGCUAUGCCAAAUAUAUGAUGUAACCAUUCUGUUUAGGAGGCUUGUUUUGUUCUGUUUUCAGCAUUUCCCAUCUAAGGAAGUAGAAGCAAUUUACAGUUCUAGUGAAAGCAGAUUGAGAGCGCUAUUGGGAAUGGAAAUUGGACUUAAUUAACAUUCUUUGCAGUAAAGUACUUUGCAAAUAUGUUGUCUUAAUAGGAGAUAGAGUAAACCAUCACUUGGCACACAAUGUCUUGUGAUGACUCAUGCAGCAAAUGGUACUGCAAUCUUAAAUCAAUAACCUUUGUAUUUUUUGUGUAGUAAUCGAGCAAGUGUUUUCCCUUGAUGCAUCAAAAUUGGUUGUAUUUGCAGCUUCAGUUACCUCGUUAACUAACUGUUUAUGGUCAUUUCUGGCCUGAAAUGCCCUCCCUCCUCCUCCCCCCUUCCCCUCCCCAAUCUGAAGUGGGCUCCUUGCACACCUGCCAGUGCAUAUAUUGCCCCUAGCCAAACCUAGUGCUACCAGGUAAGACAUCGCCAUUUAGUCAGCUGAUAAACAUAUCAGACAUGAAAAUGUGCCUAUACUAAGGUCCAGUCAAGUGAAGAUAAAGGAAAUCCAACAGGAAGUCAGUGCUAGUUAACAGACAAAAAUGUAAGCGGCCAGAAACCCAAAUGAAGGAGACCACUCAAGUCCUUCAACAGAUAGAUAAAGCAAUACAAAAAGAUGGGGUAGGGCUGCGCCAGUAAAAUAAUACAAAAUAGUCCCAAAAGUCUUACUAGAGCAACAAAAGAUCGUCAGGAGUAUUGGAUAAAUUGUAGAUGAAUAGACUCUUCAGUUUGGAUAGGUGCGUUUAAAUGUCUCAUGGUAUUCGUUUAUACGGAAGAAAAAAGGAGACAGAGGCAACCAAUAGUGUAAGAAGUCUGAAAUCCGGAGUGCAGAAUAGUAAUAGGAGGUAGAACACUCAUAUUUAAAGGACCACUCUAGGCACCCAGACCACUUCAGCUUAAUGAAGUGGUCUGGGUGCCAGGUCCAGCUAGGGUUAAACCAUUUUUUCAUAAACAUAGCAGUUUCAGAGAAACUGCUAUGUUUAUGAAUGGGUUAAUCCUUCCUCCAAUUCCUCUAGUGGCUGUCUCCUUGACAGCCGCUAGAGGCGCGUGCGUGCUUCUCACUGUGAAAAUCAGUGAGAGCACGCCAGCAUCAAUAGGAAAGCAUUAUGAAUGCUUUCCUAUGUGACAGGCUGAAUGCGCGCGCAGCUCUUGCCGCGCGUGCGCAUUCAGCCGACUGGGCGGAUCUGAGGAGGAGAGGAGGCAGAGAGCUCCCGGCCCAGCGCUGGAAAAAGGUAAGUUUUUACCCCUUUCCUCUCCCCAGAGCCGGGCGGGAGGGGGACACGGAGGGUGGGGGCACCCUCAGGGCACUAUAGUGCCAGGAAAAAGAGUGUGUUUUCCUGGCACUAUAGUGGUCCUUUUAAAGGAGCUAUGGCCAGCUCUGGUGUGGAGGGCAUAACAGCGGUAUAAUCCCCGCUUAUGGGAUAUGUGAAUAAAGUGCGUCUAUCGCCACCGGCUGGUCAUCUAAGGCUCCAAGUGAAAAUAAAAUAAGGCAACAAUAGUGCUCUCAAUUAUGAUAAAAGUAAAUAAAAAUAAUACUCACAAGUAUAAAACAGGAACACUGCUCUAUUGAUAAGGCAAUGGUGGUAUGAUCCCCACCUCGGAUUUCUUUGAGUAGAGGAACAAAGUAAAAAGCCAGGAAGAGUAAAAAUAAUAAAAGUGCAUAAAGGUACAAAAAAAGAGGAUUGGAACAGCAAAGUUACCAAAAAACUUAAUGAUCUAAAAUACACAAUAUAAAAUAACCAUUACGUGCUUCACCAAUAUAGGUUUUCUCAAAUGGUAUAUAAACCAUUUUUUUUUUUUUUUUAUGCCAUUUGAGAGCCUAUAUUUUUAUGCACUUUUAUUAUUAUUUUUACCCCUCCUGGCUUUUUACUUUGUUCCUCUACUCAAAGAAAUCCGAGGUGGAGAUCAUACCACCAGUGCCUUAUCAAUAGAGCAGUGUUCCUGCUUAAUACUUGUGAGUAUUAUUUUUAUUUACUUUUAUUUAUUUUUAACAUAAUUGAGCACUAUUGUUGCCUUAUUUAUUUUUCCUCUGAGCCUUAGAUGACCAGCCGGUGCUGAUAGAUGCACUUUAUUCGCAUAUCCCAUAAACUGGGAUUAUACCGCUGUAUGCCCUCCACACCAGAGCUGGCCAUAGCUCUUUUAAAUGUGAGUGUUCUACCUCCUAUUACUAUUCAGGACUCUGGAUUUUAGACGUAUUACACUAUUGGUUGCCUCUGUCUCCUUUUUUCUUCCAUAUAAAAGAAUACCCUGAGAUAUUUAAACGCACCUAUCCCUACUGAAGAGUCUAUUCAUCUACAAUUUAUCCAUUACUCCUGACUAUCUCUUGUUGCUCUAGUAAGACUUUUUUUUUUUGGGAUUAUUUUAUAUUAUUUAACUGGUGCAGCCCCACCCCAUCUUUUUGAAGUCAAGAUAAAGAGCUACAAAAAUAAAAGUACAAAGCAAAACCCAAAACAUAAUCAAAGUUAAUUUAUAGGCAAAAAUUGAUCUAGAUGGUUUCCCCCUAGACCCAGUAGUCAAUACCGCACGAGGGCACUUACAACUAACUCCCUCUUAAUACUACUCUCCUGACACCAUGAUUUUUUUUCCUUCUUUUUCUUUUUAUCCCUUGACAUAGAAGGAAUAAUACAAAAACUAUUGUAAAAUAAAACUUUAUUGUUGUGUCUUGUGAUUAAAUGUAAACCCUAUCUUUUUGUAUUAUAAGGAUAAAAUGUAAUAAAGAAUAUUAAUAUUCUACUCCCCUUGCGCUAGAAAACUGAGGCUAAUUGUGGAAACUAUUGCUGGUGCUCUGACUGGGUCCAAUAACUCUGUGGGAGAUCCGAAGCCUCUGUGACUGCAGCCUACUUGGGCAGUGAGUGAAGUGGAUGACCACUGUGCACUGGCUUAUCAACAAUACUUGCUUGCCCCCUUCCUACCUCUUUGGACCAGUGGGGGCUAUCUCCGUCCCCACUGGAGUGGUUUGAUGCUGUUUAGCGGGAGAUACUCUGCUCACCCUGCACUGGUGAUAUACCAUGGCCCACGCUUAAAAUAGCCGCCAAAUGACCACACUGUUACCAGUUUUCAGAAUGACUCACUUGUGAAAGCAUUCGAUAUUCUAUGAUCAAAAUUUGGGGAUUUGAUGCUACAGCGCUCUGCUGCUACGUCCGUCACCUCAGCAGAAGGCGGAGGGCUUUCUGUCUCUCAAAGCACUUAAGAUCAGUCCCUGCAGCCACUUAUUAGUCCUCAAGCCUUUGGUGGUAAACCUCCACAUCUUAGCCCUCAACCUGGGAGGAUACUUCCUCCUUCUUAGUGUUUCUUAAAUCGGUGACUCUGCAUUCCACAUUUAAUGUUUUUAAAAUUAUCUAUGGCUUAUCAGUCAGCAUAUACACUCCUCUCAACCUUACUGCUUAAUAAUUCUGUCUAUCAUGCACAUUUCUUAUGUGCAAUUAUUGCUGUGUCUUGCUGAUGCCUUAUUUUGGUUAUUGACACUUAUAUAUCUGUCACGUUUAUACAGCUGCUGAUUAUAUUGAAUGUACCCGCACAACAAAAUUUUUUAAAAUAAUAAAAAUAUUACAUGAUUUUUUUGCCUUUGUUUCAGUAAUUCUUCAUGGACCACCACCAGCAAAGAUUAAACGAGAAAUUCAUAGUCCAUCAUCCGAAACAAAUGCAUGCAGCCAUAAUGUUCCUGUUCCUGUUUCUUAUGGAGAAAAGUGCCUCUAUAACCCCAGGUAAGUUGUGGACAGUGUUUUAAUUUGCAUUUUAUGGUUGUGUAGAGCGCAAACUACAGAUUGUUAGGAAGGUAAUUAUUCAGUAUUUUAUUAAUUUAUUUUUUAGUGCCUAUGUAAGAAAGCCCUCUGUAGGGCUUAAGCCAUUUGCAUCUACAUGUUCAACAUCAUCUGCCCCACUGCCAGUGUCUGUUAAUGCACAAUCCUUGGAAAUUCCAAAUAACUCUAUGCAUGUCCAACGUGAGCAGAAACAAGAAUUUGCAGUUCCACAACCUCUUCAUCAAACAAGACAACUACAGAAGAACAUGCAUGAGAAAGUAUAUCCUCCAGAAUACAAGUGAGUAAUAAAAUAUAUUCAUAUAUAUUGCCUCCCUGGCUGGGAGUAAUUUUUAUAGGAUUUUAUUUAAUUUUUGUUUAGACUUUUUUUAGUAUAGUUAUUUUCUGACGUUCUAGAUCUGGCUGAUGGUGUUCUUUCUGUUUUCAUUUAACUUUGUAGGGAAGUUCAUCUGCCCAAUACCAAUAUCUGCUUUUGUCAGGCAUAUGUAACUCCCAUUUGGAUGACCUCCAAAUUAUGCACAAGGCUUUUGCUUCGUCCCAUCUGGAAGUGUCAUUUCCUGAAGUGGCAUACCAGCCAAGGUCUUGUUUUUCAUAUACAGUGGCAAAAAGAUCCUCAGCAUGGAAGUGAUAUAAUCCAGGCAUGCGGGGGGAUCACUUUACAUGUCCGAAUGGGUGGUACAAUAUGUCUUGCAUUUUUCUCCUGUUUAAACUUUCAUAUGCAUAACUUCAUUUUCCCAUUAUGCAUUUUAUUGCUAGCUUCACCAGAAUGCAGGUAUAUGCUGGUCAAAUGCCAUCAAAGCCAGUAAUAGUUACACUUUUUUUUUUUUUUUUUUUUUUUUUUUUUGAAAAUAGUAGUUACUGGUAACACAUUAGUAAGGUGGACUAUGUGUACCAGAAACAAACUAGAACAAAUGUUUCUGGUUUAACAAUUAAAACUGUUGCUUGCAAAAAUUUUUUUCUAUUAUUGCAAAUUAACAAAAUGGUUGCUUUGUUUUUGUUUAAUGCAGUUGGUAGAAUGUGUACAUUUUUUUUUCUUUGUUCCUCGAGUAUUGAAAGGUUGAUUUUAAGUAAAUCCUCUUUGCUCAGGGUUAUUCCAGAAUGAGUGGAGUUUGUAAGUUUUUUUUCAUAUUUGGUCAAAUUCUUACCUGGAACUUCUGAGUUCAGGUCUUGUUGGUAGAAUCUUAGUUGUGACUUCAGUUUCCCAACAAAGACCUCUGCAGUAAUACAAAUCUUUGUGAUUUGCUCAACAUUUUUGUUAGCUAGUAAUAUUAGCCAUACAGGUAUUAUGGGCAAUAUUUGACAUACUGCUAAGUCAGCCAGAUGGUCACAUUCAAUUUGCCCAGAAGUAUAACACGAAGAAAGUAUGUAAUUUUCAAGAGCCAUACUCUUACUGUUUGUAUUUAUCCAGCUAACCUUGCUGGUCAUCUAAAUACGAAUUGUAAAAUAAACAAGUCUCUGCUCCAGCCACCCUAACAUAUUACAACAACCAUUAUGGAGCUAGUGCAUGAACAACUGUGGGACGGUACACUCUUAGUUCACCAGCUUUUUUUACUUUCCCAGAUUUCAGAGGCAGAUGUCUGAACCCUGCCAAUCUUUUCCUCGCUUCCAUGGUGUCACAGGAGAAUCCCGUCCAGUGUAUCACAGACAGAUGUCUGACCCUGUUCCUGCACCCCCACUCACAUCAACUCAUCAAGGCUUCAAACAGGAGUAUCGCAGUCAUGUUUAUGACCAAGACAUGAAUGCCCCUUUAAGGCGCAAUUUCCAUGGAGCUAUGGGGAUUAAGCAAGAACCUCAGGAUUACAGUAUUGAAUCAGGUAUUCUCUAUUAUUACUUAGUCUGUGUGUAUUUUGACAUUACGCAACCUUUUUGGUAAUUCUAGUGCUUGCUAAUUGUAAAGAGGUAAUAUUGCUAAUCAUUGGGUAAACCGGAUACACUAUCUAGUACAAUGGCCAUCCUAAAACCUGGGGUUCUUGGACACGUGUCAUGUCAUCUAUUUUUGUUCUCGAUUGAUCCCCAUCGUAAGCAAAAUGUGCUGCUAUGCCAUGUGUGGUUUCCAUGUGCUUUCUGUUCAGUGUUCUGUACAUUUUCAGUUGUCACUGCAAAACUAUAAGUGAUCCCAGCUAGGAAAAUUUUUUUGGUAAUCAUUGAGUAACACUUGAAAAAUAAUACAAAAUAUUUAAUGACAUGUUUGUGUUUUAAAAAAUAAAUAAAAUUUAUGGAUUUCCUAUUUUACUUUUUUUUUUUUUUUUUCCUGCAAUACAGUGUUGGUUCAUGGAAUAUUUUAUAGUGUCUCAUUUUUAUUUGAAUAGAAGUCAUAGUACACCUUGUACCCGGUCACUGACAUUAAAGCCUGCAAAUGAAAGACUUGUCUGCAAAGUACUUGUCCUAUGAUGCUAUUCGACCUAGUUAGUAUUGAAGAUUAUAUUUCUUUUUUUAAAUCAGGCACUGAGCAGAUGUUAAUGUCUCUAAGCCAGCAUAAGCUGUUCAGCAUUUUCAUUCAGUUCAGUGCAAGAGGGAUAUUUCUGAGUGUGUGUGUGUGUAAUAUCUAAUGGCACUUGCAAAUUACAUUAUUUGAAUCAAUUUUUCAUGUGUUGUUUUUUUUUUUUUAGUCAUUGUGAUUGCUCUUAUUACCAGCUCUCGACAAAGUAACAAGCAAUGACACUCUUGGAGUUGCUUCAAAACAAGUGUCUUGUAUUUCAAUUUCUAGUUUUACGAAUUGCAAAAUCACCUCUUUGUUUAGUAAUUCAUGUGCUGGAAGUUUAAAAAUUGUCCCAGGAUCUAUUUUUAUAAACUGAGUGUUGUACAAGACUUUUGUAAACCUUUUUGAACAGCCCACUACUGACACUUUCGUUCUUUCACAUUUACUUGUAUGUCUACUUAAAAGCACACGCUAGUCACCAGAACAAUUACAGCCUAAUGUAGUUGUUCUGGUGAGUAUAAUAGUUCCCUUAAGUCUUUUUUUCAUGUAAACACUGCUUUUUUAGAGAAAAGGCAGUGUUUACAUAGCCUCUAUGGACACCUCCAAGUGGUCACUCAUCAGAUGGCCACUGGAGGGGCUUCCUGGCUCAGUGAUGGCGAAAAAGCAGCUCUGCUGUUCAGCGUCCACACGCUCUGUAUGGAGACGCUGAAUUUUCCUGGCCAAUCUGGGAACUCCUGAUUUGGCCAAAACCGCACUUGGCCCCGCCCCGGUUUUAGUCAAUCCAAUGCUUUUCUUUCGGAAAAGCAUUGGAUUGGCUAAAAAUCAGCCAUUUUGAUGUCACAAAGGGGGGCAGAGCCAGCACACGGUGCUGGAAAGGUGAGUUUUAAACUUUUAAACAAAUUUGUUUUCCUGGCUCUAUAGUGGUCCUUUAACGUUUUGAAAUAGCAACAUAAUUUGUACACACAUCUGGCAUUAACUAAACAGUUUAUUGAUGUGGAUGGGUAAAGGAUCGAUACAGAUCAUUGGAAACCAAUAAUUACUCUAUCCCUAUUAUGGUGCUUGACCUUAUCCCAUAAACUCCUGUCCAGUACAGCAGCAGUUUCACUUAUUUAAUAGGAUAAAUAAAACGGCAUAUAGAGAAAGACAAUCCAUUUCUUAUGCAAUUUGUUUAUAAACAGUUUGCAAAUGGCUCUGUUGUCCCUCUGUAGUAAAACUGUUCUGGUGCAUAGAGUCCAUUAUUAAUCUCGACAAUACAGUAUGUCACAAAAUUGAGGCUAAUUUUGAGGGGCCCCCCCCACCACCCAAAUAUUUUUACAUUUGUAAGAAACCCUAUUGCAUAAUGCAUUGUUUAACUGUUUCGAUGUCAAUGCCAGAUCUAAAAGGCCAGAAAUGGCACACUUUAUGGUAAGUUUGCUGCGUAGAUGUCCUAUCUGCCAAUGCAGGGCUUGUACAGCAAUUUAAGGGUCACAUAUGUCUUCUAAUAUUAUAUAAUAACAUGUAUCAGUUUCCUACAAGAAGUGAUUCCUUUUCUAGAAACACCAAGAGAUUAUCCUCUGGUGUUCUUGGAAAAUUAGCAAUGCCCCCCUGUUCUUUUGUAACAUUUUAUUAAAUUGUCCUGAUUGAAACUGCAGCACAGAUUGCAUUGUUUCUGUAACCAAUUUGAGUUGCUAACAAAAUUUAAUUUGGCAUAUUCUGACUGCCUGGCAUAUGUCAGUGUAGGAAGAAUGAUCUGUUUUUCAUAAGGCCAAAUGCUUCACUCUUCCAUAUAACGGAAAGGGGGUUAGUGGGAUCUAUUGUUUUAUUUUAUUUUUUUGGUGUUUUUUUUUUAUUUUUUUGAAGGCUGCAAAAUGCAUGGAGUCACUUACUUUUAUAACUGGAAGUAAAGAAAAGUACCUUCUGUUUUUGUGAAUAGUAUUUGUUUGAAUGUUUGUGUCCAAUAAAUGUGCCCUUUUAAAAUGUUUGAAUAAGUGAUUUAUAUCAUGAGAACUAUAUAUAUCAGGCUGUUUUGUUGCCCUCUGCUGCAACAAUUCAUGAUUACACAUCUGAAGCCUUGCAUUCAGAGGCAUGUAUAGUUUGGUUUUGAUGCUAAACCGUGACGUUGAACAGAACUCGUGUAGUUAUGAAUUGUAAACCGGUGUAAUUUGAAGCUUUGGCAAAACUGGAAACAUUGCUAACUUGGGAAAUAUUUCCAAUUGUGGCCUUAAGGAAUUACUGCAACCAAGGAUGGUGCAACCCUUGUGGGCAUGCUCCCCUUACUCCCCCAACCCUAGUUAAAAAAAAAAACAAAAACAAAAAAAAAAACCUUUGCUAAGAUCCAGCACAGUGGCCAGGUUGCCCUGGCAUCUCUAUUAUUUGGUGUUCACUCCCCUUAGAUGGAGGGGGGUGGACAGGCUGAAAGGAGAACCUUAGGACGUGAAAGAACAGGAGGAGGGCAACAUGCCAACUAUGGUCGGCUGGCCCUGAAUUUGUGUGUGUUGUGUGUUUGUUUUUUUUUGUUUUUUGUUUUUUUUUUGGUUUUUUUCAUUAGGAGUGAUGGCACUGCUUUGUUUAUUUUCGAAAUCCUUACCCGGGUACUUUUAUAUUUGUUGACUGACUGAACAGGAACAACAUGUUCUUUUUCUUUUAAUUAGCACUGUACCACCCCACAAAAACACUAGCCGCUUCAGAUUGAAACACGACAGCGAUAUCCUUAUUAAACUGUUAUACAAUGACCGCUUAUCUCUUUAUUUAUUUUUAUUUAUUUAUUCCUCCUGUGUUGAAUAGUUUACCAGUCGUAGUAUUCCCUUACAUUUCUGUGGGUAUGCCUACAUAAUAUGCACUAGUAAUAUCACCUUGGGGUGAUAUGUAGUAUGUAUGAAUAACACCUUUUUCAAGAUACAUUUAUAAUAAUAUAUUGAAUAUAUGUCUAACCUUGUGAAAGAAAAAAGUGAACUUAGUGGAUCGUACUAACACCAAAAGAUCACUCAGUGGAGCGCUAAAUAUCAAAUUCUUACCCCUAUUGGAAUAACGUAUAUAUCACUUUAAGGGGCAGACAGCAUAAUAAAAUCUACAACAAGAAAAUACACAUCAUGGUGCAGUAUGCUUGUAAGGUGUGAAUGGAGUGGAAGAAGAUGUAUGUCCAACUCACAUGGUAAAGAGCCUGGAGAUUGGCUCAAAUCACAACAGCUGAGGUAUGUUUGGUAAUACCAGACCUUCUCCAGAUAUACAGCUCACAACAUAUGUGGAUAAAAAAGGACAAAAAUCCUAGUGCAAGUAUGUUUAAAAUAAACAAGUGGUCACAUAUAACAGUGCAUGAAUGUGCUCACCUGGAAUAGAGCCAAUUGUACUAGGCUCUAUGUAUAAGCGUGUGGUGCCUUUAAGGGAGGCACUACCCUUCUUUAGAAAAUGCAGGAAGCAGUUGAAGAUCCACUACCAGAUGUAUAAGGUAAAAGUAACAAUUUAUUAAAAAAAAAACAAUUAAGCAAAGUAAAACUGUAUAUACAGAUACCAAAAAGUAAAAGUCUCUGGGGUGGUCUUCCUUGGAGUUCCGAGACGCGUUUUCGCCGUGGGGCUUUCUCAAUCGGAUGAAUCUGCUUCCUGAAUGGGCGAUGUUUAAAUGUUGGCGCCGUCCGUCUGAUUGGACGUGCUGAUUGCCGGGUAGCCAAUCGUAAUGCAUGGAAUGUGGAGGUGUGUCUCACAGCUGACGGUCGUGAGUCCGGGAGCUCAAAACCCGGAAGUACCAUGAAGUGUAGCCAAUCUCACGUGGUUAACUGACGUUGUCAUUUGGAGCAUGUUCAGUGGUUACUAAGCUGUCCGAGGAGCCAUCUUGGUUAUGGGCAAUAGCUCCAUAGUUAGAUCCAUUUUUUUAAAAAUCCAAUAUUGCAUAAAGAGUCCCAUAUUAAUAGUAAUAUAUAAAAUAAAAAGCAAAAAGAACAUGGUUAUACAUAGCAGAAUAAUAAUAUUAGCAUAUAUACAUAAAGGGACUAUUGACUCUCAUUAUAUGCUUGCAAUCAAAAGGGAAAUGUGCUAAAAAAAAAUAAAAAAAAAAAAGGCAAUCAGAUGAUUGAAAAAAAGGUGGCACAACACAUGUCAGUGAAUGAAGUGGAUAAGCAGUGCCAACUGAUCUAAAAGCAUACAUAAAAGAUCCAAUUAAAAUUUAAGUCUUAUCUUAAAAAGUGGCAAAGCUCAAAAUCAUUAUUUAAACCAUAUGGUUGUAAACUGUUUAAAUUAAAAAUCCAUUUCAUUUCCAUUUGUCCCAUCUUUUUAAUGGUAUCAUCACCUCUCCAAUUAAGGUGAACUCUCUGGAUUCCCAAAAAAGUCAUCUGAUUUGGAUCACUAUUGUGUUUGAUUUUAAAAUGUAGUGAUAGACUAUGUUUGGUAUAUCCAUUUCUGACAUUGCGUACAUGUUCUUGUAUCCUAACUUGCAAGGGGCGAGUAGUGCGUCCUAUAUAGACAAGAUUGCAGGCGCAUUUAAUCAUAUAAAUUACAUGUUUGGUGUGACAUGUAAUGAUUUCUUUAAUUAUAAACUUUUGAUCUUUAUCAUGAGGGUGUUGGAGAUUUUUUAUAUGACGUUUAGAACUUUUUGUGUUUUUACAAGCACCACAAAUUCCACAUCCAUAAAAACCACUACUUUCAUUGAAUGGAUUUCCUUUAAUGUUUUUCUUCAAUGAAGAAUGGUUUUGAGUCAAAAAUGGAUAUACCAAACAUAGUCUAUCACUACAUUUUAAAAUCAAACACAAUAGUGAUCCAAAUCAGAUGACUUUUUUGGGAAUCCAGAGAGUUCACCUUAAUUGGAGAGGUGAUGAUACCAUUAAAAAGAUGGGACAAAUGGAAAUGAAGUGGAUCUUUAAUUUAAACAGUUUACAACCAUAUGGUUUAAAUAAUGAUUUUGAGCUUUGCCACUUUUUAAGAUAAGACUUAAAUUUUAAUUGGAUCUUUUAUGUAUGCUUUUAGAUCAGUUGGCACUGCUUAUCCACUUCAUUCACUGACAUGUGUUGUGCCACCUUUUUUUCAAUCAUCUGAUUGCCUUUUUUUUUUUUAUUUUUUUUUAGCACAUUUCCCUUUUGAUUGCAAGCAUAUAAUGAGAGUCAAUAGUCCCUUUAUGUAUAUAUGCUAAUAUUAUUAUUCUGCUAUGUAUAACCAUGUUCUUUUUGCUUUUUAUUUUAUAUAUUACUAUUAAUAUGGGACUCUUUAUGCAAUAUUGGAUUUUUAAAAAAAUGGAUCUAACUAUGGAGCUAUUGCCCAUAACCAAGAUGGCUCCUCGGACAGCUUAGUAACCACUGAACAUGCUCCAAAUGACAACGUCAGUUAACCACGUGAGAUUGGCUACACUUCAUGGUACUUCCGGGUUUUGAGCUCCCGGACUCACGACCGUCAGCUGUGAGACAUACCUCCACAUUCCAUGCAUUACGAUUGGCUACCCGGCAAUCAGCACGUCCAAUCAGACGGACGGCGCCAACAUUUAAACACCGCCCAUUCAGGAAGCAGAUUCAUCCGAUUGAGAAAGCCCCACGGCGAAAACGCGUCUCGGAACUCCAAGGAAGACCACCCCAGAGACUUUUACUUUUUGGUAUCUGUAUAUACAGUUUUACUUUGCUUAAUUGUUUUUUUUUUUAAUAAAUUGUUACUUUUACCUUAUACAUCUGGUAGUGGAUCUUCAACUGCUUCCUGCAUUUUCUAAAGAAGGGUAGUGCCUCCCUUAAAGGCACCACACGCUUAUACAUAGAGCCUAGUACAAUUGGCUCUAUUCCAGGUGAGCACAUUCAUGCACUGUUAUAUGUGACCACUUGUUUAUUUUAAACAUACUUGCACUAGGAUUUUUGUCCUUUUUUAUCCACAUAUGUUGUGAGCUGUAUAUCUGGAGAAGGUCUGGUAUUACCAAACAUACCUCAGCUGUUGUGAUUUGAGCCAAUCUCCAGGCUCUUUACCAUGUGAGUUGGACAUACAUCUUCUUCCACUCCAUUCACACCUUACAAGCAUACUGCACCAUGAUGUGUAUUUUCUUGUUGUAGAUUUUAUUAUGCUGUCUGCCCCUUAAAGUGAUAUAUACGUUAUUCCAAUAGGGGUAAGAAUUUGAUAUUUAGCGCUCCACUGAGUGAUCUUUUGGUGGUAGUACGAUCCACUAAGUUCACUUUUUUCUUUCACAUUGUGUUUGUGUAGGAUUGGGAUACCUGCAUGCGUGUUUGAGCUGCUGUUCUAUUUAUAUAUUAUUGUUAAGCGCCUAAUUGCACAGAGCACCUUUUUCUUGUACUAUAUGUCUAACCUUGUUUAUGUAUAAAUGAAAUGCAUGUUAGUGCUUUUUGCCAUCUGGUAAAUUACUCAUGUAUUUAUAAAACGUUUAUAUUUAAUUUUAUCUCUCUAUAAUCUCUUCUUUGAUGCAGAAGUGCCUAACUGUCAGUCCUCUUGCUUUGGUACAGGAAGCUAUUUCCAGGGCGAUCGUUCAGGUGAGUGAUCUUAUUACAGCCUUGUAAUAACGCUUGGACAUAUGUACCUUUACCAGUGCUAUCCCUAAACUUGUUAACCAGUAUUUGUUAAAGUGACUGAUAAAUAUCCUGAAGUAUUUGUUUAAUGAUAAAGUAACAAAAUGCUUGUCAUAGUGCAAAUUUCAUAGUGGGUUGGUACAGAAGUGUGGCAGGGGCUUCAUAUUUCCACUGCAGUUGUGCAUUCGUCUGAUCUGUCCUGAGCGCAAAUCUCUCCUGGACAGAUCAGAGGAUGGUGGUUAUGUGGACAUUUCUGUAAAUAUUGUUGUUCCCCCACAUAGUAAUGUGUCUUAUCAUCUACGUUUAACUUCCCUUUUCAUUUAACCCCCCCCCCCCCAGGAUUUCCUUAUGACCAAAACAGACUGUACUACGAUGAUACCUGUGUUGUACCUGAAAGAGUUGAAGGUAAGAGUAAAAUAUUUUAAAUUCUCUGGCAUAAGAACUUAAAUUUGCAAUUCCUACACAGCUAGCCAGGAUUUAAGUUACCAGCCACUGCAAGCCUAGAUGGUCCAUAAUUACACUUGGCAGGGUAAGUUUCUGCUCCCAGAUGGAAAGUUUUAUUUGCCAAUAGCUAGUGGAAUUUUUUUAAAUUUUUUUUUAUUUGAAGUGUUUGGCAUGGGUUUCAGAUUUGUAUAGUUUUUAUCCAGUUGGGGGCUUGGUAACUUGACUGUACUGCUCUGUAUAUCUCUACUCUCUUUAUACUUUUUAAUGGUAAAGUGAAGUGAAUAAAACUUAUAUCAUGCUUGUGUUUUUAACAUUGUUGUACUUAUCAAUAAAUACACACAAAAUACUUUAUUGCUUCUUGUUGCAUACAAAGAAAUGCUUUGUGGCAUUCUUCAUUAUUUCUACAUUUAGCGGCAUUCAUUUAUAAAUCCGUGGAAAGGAAUGUUUAUUUUUUUAACUCCCCUUCAUUGAGACUAGAUUUUACAAUCCUUGACACUUUUGUUGCAGACUCUGUCCAGAAUGGCUAUACUUUUUUUUUUUUUAAGUUUAUAAUUCCAUAUAAUAUUUCAUAGUAUAAUGGGAUGCAUGUAACACUAUAAUUAAAGCAGUACAGAAGUAUGGUCUUGUUGGCUGCAGGUCAUGGGAGAAAAAGGAUAUUAUGUUUUGUGGAUUGGUUUAUCUGUUGUGAAUACUGUUUCUAAGUAGAAGAAGCCUUUCAUCUUGUAGGCUAGCCAGAUGUAAGGUUGAAGCAGGUUUGUGGACAAUUUUUGUCUUGGAUCCUCCCCGCUUUGGCAUGCUUCUGAAAUAUUGUGCUGUCCUGUUAAUUCUCUGGGAAGCAUGCUCAAGCAUCUAGCCCCUGGAUAGUCAACCCGGUCUCUACUGCUCACUAGUUGGCGGUUUGGGAUUUCAGGUGGGCGGUGGAGGGUUCUGCAGAAAACACCUGGUGGGCCUCGAUGGCCAUGGACCAAGACCUGCAUCAGAGAGAAUUUCAUCUCCGCUGGUGAGGAGCUCAAAGAUCUCCCUAACCGUCUCGCUGCCACUUAGUUCCAGCAGAGGGAGAGAAGGGCUUGGGAGGCUUUGUGUUCCUCCCACGAGCAGGCUGGCCGGAGCGUUGCCACGUGUUACCAUGGCAAUGCUUCGAUAUAGUGCUGUUCUCGCAGGAGGACAGGAGAGUAUAUGUGUAUUCUCUCCCUCGCAAAAGUAUUCACCCCCUUGACUUUUUACCUAUUUUGUUACAUUACAGCCUUAAGUUCAAUGUUUUAUUAAUCUAAAUUUUAUGUGAUGGAUCAGAACACAAUAGUCUAGAAUUUUCUAUCAUUUCACUUCGCCAACUUAUACAUAAAACAAUUUUUUUAGAAUUAGAAAACAGAAAAUUGGCAUGUGCGUAUGUAUUCACCCCCUUUGUUAUGAAGCCCAUAAAAAGCUAUGAUGCAACCAAUUACCUUCAGAAGUCACAUAAUUAGUGAAAUGAUGUCCACCUGUGUGCAAUCUAAGUGUCACGUGAUCUGUCAUUACAUAUACACACUUUUUAUUUUUUUUGAAAGGCCCCAGAUGCUGCAACACUUAAAGGACCACUAUAGUGCCAGAAAAACAUACUCGUUUUCCUGGCACUAUAGUGCCCUGAGGGUGCCCCCACCUUCUGCUCUGCAAGGGUGAAAGGGGUAAAAACUUACCUUUUUCCAGCGCUGGGCGGGGAGCUCUCCUCCUCCGUUCCUCCCCGUCGGCUGAAUGAGCACGCGUGGCAAGAGACAGCAGCUAUAGGCUUUGGGGGAAGGCUUAACCAAUUCAUAAACAUAGCAGUUUCUCUGAAACUGCUAUGUUUAUAAAAGAAUGGGUUAAUCCUAGCUGGACCUGGCACCCAGAACACUUCAUUAAGCUGAAGUGGUCUGGGUGCCUAGAGUGGUCCUUUAAGCAAGAGGCACUACUAACCAAACACUGCCAUGAAGACCAAGGAACUCCCCAAACAAGUUAGGGACAAUUUUGUUGAGAAGUACCAGUCCGGGUUAGUUUAAAAAAAUAAAAAUAAAAUAAUAAUAAUAAAAAAAAAAAAAAUCUUUGACGAUCCCCAAGGAGCACCAUCAAAUCUAUCAUAUCCAAAUGGAAAGAACAUGGCACAACAGAAAACCUGCCAAGAGAUGGCAGCCCACCAAAACUCAAAGACCGGGCAAGGAGGGCAUUAAUCAGAGAGGCCGCACAAGACCCAAGGUAACCCUGGAGGAGCUGCAGAGUUCCACAGCAGAGACUGGAGUAUCUGUACAUAGGAUGACAAUAAGCCGUACGCUCCAUAGAGUUGGGCUUUAUGGCAGAGCAGCCAGAAGAAAGCCAUUACUUUCAUUAAAAAAAAGGCACGUUUUGAGCAGGGCCGAACUGGGAAUUAAAAGCAGCAGGAGCUGUGAUUGCCAGGACUUUAGGGGGUGAAUAGUUGUGCACGUUGACUUUUUCUGUUAUUUUGUCCUAUUUGUUGUUUGCUUCACAAUAAAAAACCAGCAUUUGAAAAAAACUGCAUUUGAAGAUCACACUUAAGUGUCAGAAUUAAAGGAAGACUUAAAACGCUAUAAACACUACAGCAGGGCUGCCCAAAAGGUAGAUCUAAACGCCCAUGAUGCUGUGUAAGCUGUAGUUUUAAAACUACUGGAGAUCUAGCUUUUGGGCACUCCUGCACUACAGUGUGCAUUAGUGGUUAUGGUGCUUGAAGUGUUCCUUUAAGUGUAUACGCUAUGUAGGAUUUUCUGUAGAUGUUUGAUUUCUGUGGUUUACAUUUUGUGCUAUAUCACUAUUGUUUUACUGGAUGCAUACUGAUCUGUGAGCUGUGUCUUGUAUAUCGCAGGAAGCAAAGUGAAACAGGAACCCAACUUUUACAAGGAAGGCCCACCAUACCAGCGCAGAGGGUCACUGCAGCUCUGGCAGUUCCUGGUCACACUUCUCGAGGACCCAGGAAAUGCUCAUUUCAUUGCGUGGACAGGAAGAGGCAUGGAAUUUAAACUAAUUGAGCCGGAAGAGGUAAGCACUCGUAUAUCAAGCUACAUAUAUAAUUGUGGGGUUUUUUUGUUUUUGUUUUUUUUAAAGCAGUGGCCCUGUUAACUUGCUCUAUGCUGUGAAUUGAGGGGUGGUUAAAGGGAGGAGGCAUAUCUAUAUAAGCCCUUUACCCUCUAUUAUUGUGGGGUGAGUAAUGCAGCAGGUUAAGUUAAAAAUAAAAACUUGGCUGGACUUUUUGUAUCAUCUACUUGGCUGGACUUUUUGUAUCAUCUCUACCAUCUCAUGAUGUCUCAGGUGCACCCAUUUUAGAAUUUACAUAUAUUCAUUAACACUCUUGGCCAGCACAAUAUGCAAGUGGAAACAUAUUUUGCAAAACUAAGUAGAAAUAAAAUUUUAAGUUUAGCAUAACCAGCUGUUAGUAGUUUGUGAUAAAAUAAGCCAAAUCACAGAUAAACCCCAUUUAGCUACCAGAUAACAUGCAAAACGGUCUUUGUAUCUGGUAUUUUCUUCUAAAUCUAGCCUUGUGUAAUGGUAUCUCACAAUUAUUUAAUAAAUUGAUACCAUGCCUAUUUGAGCAUAAAGAGCCAACUACUGGGCAGAUAACCCUGUAACUUUGUAUGAUUUGUUUCCCUCUUUGUGUUAGGUUGCAAGACGUUGGGGAAUUCAAAAGAAUAGGCCGGCAAUGAAUUAUGAUAAAUUAAGCCGCUCUCUUCGUUACUAUUAUGAAAAGGGCAUUAUGCAAAAGGUAUGUAUCGAUCUUAGUAUUGUAAGAAUUUACCAAAUCAUGCUGAGAAAUAUUACUUUUGGAACAAAACUAUUUUGGGCAAAAAGUGUAUGGUUUUUAAAAAUUUUUUUUUUUUUUUUGUAAAUACUUCUUAAAAGCGUAUAGAUAUUUCCAACCCACUUCUUAAUAUUUAUUUUUAAGUAAUGAAUACUGAGUUGAUGAAUAUUCAAAGUGCUAUAUGUCCACUAGCAUACUGCAGUAUUCUUCUUCUCUAAUUUUAACCAUUUGUAUCUCUGAUCUUUAAGGGUGAAUUUUAUUGUCUGUAGUCUAAAUGAUCUCCUGCUAUGUGGCCUAUUGCUCUUAAAACUCCUUCCACUAAUGUGUUGUAAUACUCACUUUGCAUCAUCAGUAUCCCUUUAACCCUUUUCAAUCCAACACAAUGGACACAUCUCCAGUUCAGUGGAAAUUGUAGAAACUUGUGUACCUAUCCUGCUUAAAAUAACACCAUUACAUCUAAUGGGGAAAAAAAAAAUGAGUAGGUCAAAAACUGGGAAGAUUUUACACAUUUCUUUGUAUUGACAUUGUUAAUGGCAAUGUAUAUUUCAAUUACAGGUGGCUGGUGAGCGGUAUGUCUACAAGUUUGUAUGCGAUCCGGAGGCUCUCUUUACAAUGGCUUUUCCAGACUAUCAACGUUCUCAAGUAAAAAUUGAAACUGACUGCCAUGCCCCUGAAGAGGACACAGUACCUCUAACCCACUUUGAGGAGAACACUGGCUACAUGUUAGAUUUGGAACUGGUCAAAAAUCCUUUUUACGCUGAGGAUCCUUCGUACUAAGCAAGGAUAAAUUGUCCACAUUGCUGAUUGGAGGAGCAAGGAACAAUAUGCUAUCAAAAUGUGCUUUCUAAAGCAGGACUAGAUCAUCUCUACAUUAAAGGAUAUUAGAUAGUGCUUGGUAACUUGGAACAUAGCAUUAUAACCAGUCUUGAUUAGUUUAAAGUUUUUUUUUUGUGGGUAUUGCAGAGUUUUUUUUUUUUUCAGAUUUUUCACAUAUAUCAGAAUGUACCCCAGUUCAGUGACCAUACCAGUGGUUUAAUUUUUUUUUCAAUUCAAUAAGACAAUAAUUCACCUGCAAGGACUAUUGCAGUUAUGUUCUGCAAAGAAAUAUAAUUUGAACAGUUAUUCUCAUGGAACUUUUUAAAAGACUGUGACACUCCAAUAUAUUAUGACAAUCUGCGAUGUAAUAAUUGUACUUGUAGAUGCCUUUUACCCUUAAAUAGGGGCUUAUUAUGCACAAUUGCUUUAAAAGGGACAGUAAGUAUGUAAUUAAACAAAUACUUGCUUUUAUAGUAGAUUUAAUACUUUUUUUGAGAUAUAUGAUGUAAAUAACAGAGUAUGAAAAUCUUUCAUAAACACAGGGCAUUCUUUUAAGGAUGGAAAUGAAAUAUGUUCAAAUUAAGAUUUUAUUACGGUUUAAUGUCAAACUUUUCAAUUUAUCGUUCACAAUCUGCACGCAUAGUUUUGAAUCAGGAUUCACUUUAAAUUUUCACUUUCAUUUAAGCAAUUUAGAAUCUCCUUUCACAUUUAGGUGGGUCUUUCUUUUCUUAUUGGUUUUUUCCUAAUUUUUUUUGUUUGUUUUUUUGUGAUUGGUGCUAAACUGAUUUGUAGGCUGAUUAGUCCCUAAAUGUGUCAAAACUAGAAUAUAGCCAUUUUUAUGUUUUGUUUUCUUUUAUUUUUUCCCUUUUUUUUUUUUUUUUUUUUUUUUUUUUUUUUUUUUUUUUUUUUUUUUUUUUUUUUAAUUUUGAUUUUAUUAUUGUGUAUAGAACUGCCAUGUAACCUGCAUGGCCAUUACAUUUUGCACAAUUGUUUUAAAAUAAACUGAAUGGCAUUAUGACUCUCUAUGUAGUGAGUAACUGUAAAACAUGUUUAAUGAGCUUUAAUAACUUUAACUAUACUGCCCGUAUUUUUUUAUCUUCAAGUUCUUGGUGUGUUUUUUUUUGUUUGUUUUUGUUUUUUUAAGAU